GAGGGGGAAGAAGGGUGGGGGUUAGGAAAGCACAUAUUGCUGGUUACCGGGUGCUCUGUCUCCUGCUGGAAACUUUGUGAAGCUGCUUUACUGUACUCCCUGUCCACUGUUCUCUGAUGUGAGUGGGGGGAAUCUAAGCAGCACUGAUGCUGCACUUUUUGGCGAGCCGAGCCAUUGCAGCCAGCCAGGAAGCUCAGAGGUAGAGCAGUGGGGAAAGGAUGAGUGGUGGAAAAGCGUGUAUCGAUGGUUACCAGGUGCUCUGUCCCCCGUUGGGAGCUCCGUGAAGCUGCUUUCCUUGCUCCCUGCCUUUGACAGGAGUCCAAGAUGGCGGAUCCGUGCUGCGUUAGCUGAUUGGGAACCUCUGAGCGUAUCUCUCGUUGCUCUCUGUCUCUGCAGGUUUCUUAUUCGAUUUGGUGCUUGGCCGAGUUCUUUAUCUCUUCCUUUGACCCUUCGGGUUCCAGGAGCAACAUUUGUCUCUGUUUUACGGGUCUUUGCUGUGCAAGGAAGGUGUGCUACUUCCGUCUAUGGUGCCAUGUUGGCCGGAAGUCUAUAAUGUGUUUUGAGAUCCGGAAGUGUUAGUCCUUCUACUCUAUUUUUCUUUUUCAGAGAUUACUGUGGUUAUUCAGGGCCCCUUGUCAUUUCAUGUAAAUUAGAGAAUUGGCUUUUCCAUAUCUGCAAAGAAGACUUUUGGAAUUUUGAUAGCUUUUGAGUUGAAUUUAUAUAUGGCUUUAGAUACUACUGACAUCCAGUCUUAAUUAGGCUUCCUGGUUAUACACGUUCACAGCCCUGUUCUUUUCUUUGUGACAUUUCUUUCCACUUGUAACUUUAUAUUUAUUUUUAUGACUUACAAAAUCCUUCCACUCCACAGAUGACUAUGUGAGGGCCAGAGUGCACGUAUAUCAGUGCCUAGAACAGUGUGGCUGGCCUAUCGUAGACACUCAAUACAUAUCUGGUCUCUAGAAAAAUGAAUGCAGUGGAGUUAUUUGUAGAUGCAUGGGUGCUGCCUAGAUGCAAAAGACUGCUGCGGUUCCAUAAAGAAGCCAAUUUCAGUGAAAUAUUGGCUAUUUGUCACCCAUGUGACAAAUAUCACUAAGUAAGAACUAGGUAUUAAGGACCCAGAACAGCUCUUUCAAGAUUACGGUUGCAUUUGCCUUCAGGGACUGUGGCUGGCAUCCUUGUUGUGCCUACCUCCUCUUGCUCUGUCUGUACUUCUAUUGGGAGAAGCAGAGCCAGAGUUAAGGCAAUUCAUAUAUAGAACACAGAAUAUUUCUAUGUAUAUAAAUCCAUGUACAGAACAUAUAUAGGCAAUCUAUAUAUAGUGUUUUAAUUUUGUCCUGUACAUACUAUGGUUACUGCAGCAAAGGAUGAGGCAAAUGUUGCAAUCUAGGAGUACACGUAUUUAAAGACAGUAGUGAUAGAAUUUCCAGGCAUCAUUACUCAAUUUCCAUAAUAUAUAACACAGUUAAUCUUUAAGCACUCAAGUCAGAAGUCUAUUAAUAUAGUUAUUGUUGCCAUUUUAGUAGGGCCUCAGUAAAUGUGAAUUUAUUAUAAUUAAUAAUAAUAACAAACUUAUAUAAUGCUUACUACACCUCAGGAACUGUUUUAACCAAGUCAUGUAUAGCAAUGAAUUUAAUUAUCCUAGCAAUACUGGGUGGUAGGUGCUGUUAUCAUCCCGGUUUUCGUAGAAGAGGCGACUGAGGCCCGUGGUGAUGGAGUAACUUGCCUGAAGUCACACAAUAAGCGGCAGAGCCAAGAUUUAAACUCAGCCUUUCUGGCUCAGACGUCUGUGUCCUUAAUCUUAAACUACAUUGUUGAAAGGAGCAAGAUUGUCUUGUAAGUACCUUUUCCAAGGCUACCCAGCACCAUAUACAAUUGUGCGGGUUGAGGAGAGACAAGAAGAUCCAUGAUGGCCUGAGGACCUCUGCUGUGUGUGAACUUCUGGUGUACCGUCAUAACUCUUCUCAUGGAAGAGACAUUUUCCUGCCUUCCAUGGGGCUAUUAGGUUUUUUUUUGUUUUGUUUUUUUUCUAAAAGCUUAUGUGUCAGGUCUCAUUGGCUAAGGGGAAAAGGCAUUUCUGUGGAACGAUGUAGAAGAUAAAACAUCUGUGAGUCAGAAUCGAUUCAACUCAACAGCAGUGGGCUUGGUUGGGUGUUUUUAAACUUUUUUUUUUUUUAGAGAUGAAAUUAACGUGUAUCCUAGCUAUUUCUUCCAGAUUGGUGACUUGUCUCACCUAAUUUUUUCCCUUCCUAUUUCACGACGACAUAGUUAAUAGCAUAAGGAGCCCAAGCCCCGAGUGUAGCGGUGAGGGUGUCCUGUUGAUACACCUCCAUGUGGAAGCUGUGAGGAGCACACAUAGGCUAAUACGAAUCCCUCUCUGAUGGUCUCAGUCACAUGCUGGUCUGAGGCAGUGACCUUGGAGGUUGUUUAUUGGAUGGGUUAACUGUGGUAUUGGUCUGCCUACAACCGCUGGGACCGAAGAAUACAAAGAUGUCUUAGGGACUUGUAUUCAACUACUCGGGAGAAAAAAGAUGCUUGGAAAAAUGAUUGCUGCACAGUCAGUGGUCAUUGUUGGUUGGCUUUCUCCCAGAUACUUUUCCUGACCUUGAUAUUUGGUGGGCAUUUUUCUUUGCUGAAUUACCCAGAAAAUUGGCCUAAUUCCCAAUGAGUCCUUGGCCCUGGGAACCUGUCCGCACGUGGAUGUGAGGGCUAAAGAAGAAAGUGAAUGGAAAGAGUCUGCCUGAAGAGCUGGGACUCAUGAUUCCUUCUGCCCCUUUGGGCCUACACAGAACUUGUUGUUUUUUAAAUGUUCACGUGGCACCUCUGGGCCUGCUGAUUCCAGGCCUUCUCUGGCUUCUGUCAUCACCUCUGACAGGACAGACCUGUGUGGAGGCAAGCUGGCUCCAUUCAGAAGGAUUUAGAAGUUGUUCAUCAAGCUGGGUGCUACUUCAGAAAUGUGAAGGCUUGACAUCUGUUCAUCUGGCAAAGCCGGACUAAAACCACACUUCACAGUGAUGUGUGGUGAGGACCAGUCACCGCUGAACUAUUUGGCUCUCUGGGCUUUAAAUCUUAGGGAGAUGUUAAAAAAACAAAAAAUAAAGUCCUCAUGUAUACGAAUUCGUGCUUUAGUACUUUUUUGGGUAUUGACUAUCAUGCCUCAAGCCUGCCAUCCAGCGUGUUCAUUCUCUGUGUCCAGUAUAUUUCAACGCUGCCGUCUGGGGGCUAACCUGAACAGAUUGCUUGCAAAUAGAGCCAAGUAUGGAUUUUGAUUUUGUAGAGAUUAACUGGUCAUUGAGUUUGCAUUGAUCGCACACUGCAGCGUUGCAAGUGCUAGCUGGAGAGGACUCUGAAGUGCCCUGCAGGGAUGACUCUUGGGCUCUGCCCGUGGUGUGUGGGUGGAGGGCCAGGGGCUUAGGAGACCCCUGCUGCUGACUCAGCCCUGGCCAGUGGCUAAUGCCUGUAGGAGCCAGGCCAAGAGCAUGGGAGGCUAGGGGUGCCGGCUGAGCAAAGCUACCUCUGUAUUUGCUCUCCUCAUCAGCUCCUCUCCUUGCUCAUCUGUAUGGCGUUUCUCUUUUCUUUGAGUGGGAGGAGUUAAAUUUAUAUUUCAUGUUUUACGCAGUCAGAGUUAUUCAUGUGCCUGUACUGAAAGUGAGCCCACACGACAACAGAGCCACUCUAGCCUCCCUGCACGGAGAAUGGCUGACAGCUCCUUAGGAAGGGGCUGCGUCCUUCCUCCCCCUGUCAUCCUGGAAGGCAGGGCGGGCCGACCUGGCAUGUCCAUUUCUGCACAGCCCCUGUGGCAACAGGGUGCGGGGUCAAGGCAGAGGCAGGGGAGUGGGCGGGAGACGGUCCCUACCCCUCAGCCUGGGGACAUGCUCAGGCUCAGGCUUUGAGGAAAGGUCCUGGGAACCUUUGCUUGGAGGUUGCUUCCUGAGUCGUCAGUGCUCCGCAGAGCUUCUUUUUUUCUUCCAUUGGAGCAGCUUGGACUCUAUGAGGCUGCCGAGACCUUGUGGGGCAUGGAGCUGUUUUUUGGCAAAUGACUCGAGAGCAUGUGGCUUUGUGGACUGCCAUAGAGUCCUUGUCCUUGCCAAACACAGUGUCGAGGGCACCUGUUUUUGCCAAUUUUCACAAACUAGGAUUGUUGUGAACAUCUAGGGUCUGAAGCCAGCACUGGUUUAUGUGGAGGGGUAAGACCAGAGAGGCAGCUGGAAGAGCAGCGGGCAAGUGGAGGGAGAGGGUUCUGAGUUCAAAUUCUGACUCUGUCAUGGGACAGGUUACUAACUUCUCUGAGUUCAGUCUCCUCUUUGGUAAAAUAGAGUCGAUACUAUUUACUCACUCAUUGAAAGGAUUCUUAUGAUAAUGUCUCCAUGUUAUUGUUGGGUAAACCGAGACCCAGAAGUGACUUCACGGUAUGAAUACAGAAUGGCACUGAGGAAGGAGGCCCGGGUUCAAGUCCAGGCAGGUUAUUUAGCUUCCAGAACUUCCAUUUCUGUAUAGGUUAAGUGAGAGCAGAAUGUGUCUCAGGGAAGUGUCUUGUCUUGAUGUCUAUGACAAUGUUAUAGGAAUAAAGGGAGGUAGUAUAUGCCUUGUAAACUCUAAGAAAUUUUACAGCUUUCCAGCUUGUUGGUGACUGAGCAGGGCUGAAACGAAGCUCUUCACAACUCCUGACCUAAGGGCUCUUGAAGUGAUUUUUAAUGUCUUCACAGCAAAUUUUUCUAUUAUAAAAGUAAAACUCACUCAUGGCAUACAUCCAAUAGUACAGAAGGAUGUAGCGUGAAGAGAAAAAUCCACCCUCUCCUCCCCAUAGGUCUACUCCCCACAGGUAACCUCAGUUUACUUUUUUGUUCCAAUUUUCCAGUCACCAUUGAGUCGAUGCCAACUCAUGGCGACUCCAUGUGUGUCAGAGUAGAACUGUGCUCCAUAGGAUUUCCAAUGGAUAAUUUUUUGGAAAUAGGUCACCAGGCCUACCUCCUGAGGUGCCUCUGGGUGGACUCAAACCUCCAACCUUUCGGUUAGCAGCCAGACACAUUAACAGUUUGUGCUACCCAGGGACUCCCCUUGGGUAUCCUCCCAGAAAUUGUCUACGUGCCCGGGUGUGCUCGCAAACACACACACACACACACACACACACACACACACACACACACGUGUAUGAGCUGCAUAUAAUCUGUUGUAUGUGGGUCAUAAUUUUUUACCCAGAGUUCAGCUGAUGAAGAUCCAGGUAGUUCCCAGGAUUGGGGCUCUUAGAACAAUGCUACAGUGAGGAGAGGUAGACUUAUAGAUUGCUAUCCUGGAUUUAAAACAAACAUUGAAAGCAGAGCCCAGGGGCUCAAAGCUUUCGGAAUUAUCUCUUUCUGCAUUUGGCAGAAAGAAUCUCUCCUCAAAAAGAAUUAUGUUGUUAAUACCGUGGUUUUCCACUGCUCCACCCCGUUACAUUUAAUCAUACCGUGUGACUUCCAAAUAGUAAAACGAUGUGUGUGUCUGGAGGGAAGGGGCAUGACAAAGCUUCCCUUUUUUAGAUCCUAGAGAAUACAGCAAAGCUCUCUUUGGAAGGCCCUGCUUUCUCUCUGGAGCCCUUCUGCCUGGGGCAUUUAUAUACAUAUUUGCAGCUCGUUUUCCAAUAUCCUUGGAAGAAGCUAUUGCUAUUAACCAGGUUGGGUAGAGUGGCUGUGUGUAUUUCAAAAUAAUGUCUUUCUGCACACAAAAGGCUGCUAACUGGUAGGUUGGCAGUUCAAACCCAACUAAAAGCAUCUAGGAAACCCUGGUGGCGUAGUGGUUAAGUGCUACGGCUGCUAACCAAAAGGUCGGCAGUUCGAAUCUGCCAGGCGCUCCUUGGAAACUCUGUGGGGCAGUUCUACUCUGUCCUGUAGGGUCACUAUGAGUCAGAACCGACUCGAUGGCAGUGGGUUUUUUGCUUUUUUUUUUUUAAAGCAUCUCAGAGGAAAAGCCUGUUGAUCUGCUUCCAAAAGGUCACAGCCUGGGAAACCCAGUGGAGCCUGGUUCUACUAUACACACAUGGGGUCACCAUGAGUUGUAAUUUACUUGAUGGCAACUGCUUUGGUUUGGUAGGAAGCCUCAAAGGAACCCUGUGGAGUUUUUGUUUGUUUUGUUUUUGGGUAAAGUAAAUCCAAGAAUUAGGUGUAGAAGGAAUGUUGGGUCCAGGCUCCCUUUCUACCAGACUCUAGUCAGUGGUUGUCUCUUCCUCCUCCUCUUCCUCAUGGGGCUUGCCUGGGCCCCUUGCCACCAACCCAGCGCUUGCUGGCAGAUGUAACACUUACCUGCCCUGGCCCCACUCACUGUGGUGCCCUACUCGCUGGAUGUUUUUUUGCUCUUGGCCCUGGAAUGCGGUGAGUCCACUGCAGAGCUUCCUCGGCCCAGGGAGCCCUGGCUGCUGGCCACUCUCAUUCCCUUCCUGUCAGUUGUUCCAAUUCCUAACCCAGGCCCCCUGUGCGCUGAGAGCUCCGGGCUCCUUACCUGUUGUCUGGCUGCUGCCUGCACUGACUGCCUGUUUUGACCAUCCCUUCCUGCGGACCGCUGCUGUGCAGCUGUCUGUUAACUUACAGACUAUGCGAAGACAGACAUGCAUUUUCAGGCUAGCAGUGACGCAAACCCACCAUAUUGAUUUCUGUUACAUCUAAACUGAAAAAAAAAAAAAAAACUGAAGGAACAGGAAUUCUGUGUACUUGAAAACAAAAGCGGACAACAACAGCAACAACAAAAACCCAGAACUACCUUUUUACCUGGGUGCAGAAAAUAUUUCAGACGUAUUAUAAGGUAGCGCAAGAUGACCACUGAUAUGGAAACAAUACCCUGUAUUGAGUCUAGACAAUACCAUGGGAUUGACGUGAUCUUUUUUAAGACCUUUUCAGCGCCUGGCUACAGUCUAAAGGAAGCAUUGCACUUUGAGUGCUCUGAGUUUUUAUGAAGCUCAUAAAACAUUGUCUCUAAAUGCCAAUGUGCUAAAAAGCUAUAAGAGAGAUUAAAGAUGUAGCAAGUGUCUUUAAAAGUGUGGAAAAAAAGAGCCUUCUUUUCUUAGUUGUGAUUUCUGGAUGCUAGCAGUAAUAUAGGAGCCCUGGUGGCAUAGUGGUUAAAAGGUUGGUUGCUAACCAAAAGAUCAGCGGUUUGAAUCUACCCACCGCUCCUUGGAACCCCUAUGGGGCAGUGUCUUUAAAAGUGUGGAAGAAAAGAAUCUUCUUGCCUUGGUUAUGAUUCCUUGGUUAGUGGUAAUGUUAAUACUAGUAGUAAUAAAUGCCAUCCUUUAAUAGAAUUUUUUUUUUUUUAAUUUAGGUUCAGGUGUACUUUCUUCUCCCCUGUCUUCUUAUGAGGUAGAUGACUCUACUAUCCCCAGAGGGCAGAGUAGGGACCUGCUAGAGAUGAAACCAUGCAAAAACCCAGGCACAGAGUUUAUAGGAAGGAGCAAUAUGCCUGAGUUCUAGUUCUAGUCCGCCAUCAGCAGAAAUGGACCUUGGUUGCCCAUGUCAGCUGAAGAGGACAUUACUGAGGUUAUGUGCAGACCAUAGUAUGGCCGUGAAUCUUUUUGGGGUUGUGUGUGGAUGACCCCAGGUAACAGGCAGUGAGAAGUUAAAAGCUAAAGGCCACAGUUUGUCUUCUUGCUGUUGCACUUCUUUGGGACCGUCAAGCUGUAAUGGCAACAUCUCAAAGGGAGUGCUAGGGGAAAACAAUAGGUGUAAAAGUUGACUUAACUGCAAAACCUUUACCAUACUAAUGUGUUAUGAAUUUCUAGGAUGGGACUAUCGCACAUCAGGGCUCCCCAAACUUAUUCGACCACAGAAAAGCCCUAUUAAAAAAUGCCAAAGUAGUUUUUCCAACAUCACCGGUGCUGAUUCAGGGAGGAAACCAGGGCGCACCUCGGAGAAAAGGUCUGUUUAUUACUGGGAUUCAACCUUCUUAAAAGCCUCCAUCAGGAAUGUCUAUAGUCAAAAUGACGGGGUUCCCCAAAGCGAGGAUGGCUCUGUACCUCUCAAGGAAAUCAAAAAGGAGGAGAUCGUGACCAGCGAAGCCAACCAGUGUGGACCGAGGGCUUCUCACAGGGAGCCAGAUGGCCAGAGAAUCAUACUUAGGGGCCUCCAAGGAGGUAGCCUUGCGAUCACUUUAGAAAUUACAACAAUAAUAAAGCAUAUAUCAGUUCUAGACCACAUCUCACUUGUGUUGCUCUCUUACAGAAACGGAUGGAGUUACAGAGAAAGAACCGGCUUUAGCUCACAGAAAAUAAGGGCUGCAGGGCAGGGGGCUCAGAGUCCUGGGUAAGAGUGUCCCAGGGAUGGAGCAGGUGGGGAUGAGUGCGGCAGGGCUGACCACUGCCGCUGAGCCGUGCAUGAAAUACACAGAGACCAGGAGAAAGUGGACCCCAGCUUCUAAGGAUUUGCAACCAGUAUGGCAGGGUCCCAGUGAUAGUGGUGAGAAGGAUGCAGAAGGGGCUUAAGAGAAGACCCCUUCAAAGGUGAACUCGUGUUUUAUAGCAAACCAAACCAGUUGCCAUCUAGUCAACCCCAACUCAUGGUGACCCCAUGUGUGUCAGAGUAAAAGUGUCCUCUACAGGGCUUUCAAUGGUUGAUUUCUCAGAAGUAGAUCACCAGGCCUUUCUUCCAAGGUGCUCUGGAGGGGCCCAAACUGCCAAGCUUCCCAUUAGCAGCCGAGCUCAUUAACUGUUUGCACCACCCAGGGUGCAAGUUGAUUUCAACUUUCUACUUUAACUUUCUCACUGAGAGUUUGUCUGUGGGAUGUGUGUGUCAUUCUCAAGCAAAUCCUUUUUUAAGUCUCAGUUUAAGCAAUUAAACAGGGUACUGGUUGUUUGAAAAAGCACCCCAUAUGAUCCUUAAAUGGGUCUAUAUGCAGCCUUGCUAGUAAUGGGGAGAUGGGACUUACGGAGUUACACUGGUGUGCUGCAAGUGGCAGCUGUGCCUGCACGGAGCCGUGGUCAUGGUUCUGACUCUCUAAGGAGCCCUGCUAGUGCAGUGGUUAAGAGCUACAGCUGCUAACCCAAAGGUUAGCAGUUUAAAUCCACCAGCCACUCCUCGGAAACUCUAUGGGGCAGUUCUACUCUGUCCUGUAGGGUUGCUAUGAGUCAGAAUGAACUCCACGGCAAUGAGUUUUUUUUUUUUUUUUUAAUUUUUUACUCGUUCUGAUUCAUUGAACCAGAGUAACUAUGGGAUUGACCCCAGUUCCACAUAGUUGCAAAGGCAUUUCAUGGUGCCCACCACUUACACUCUCCCUCCACUGACCCCCAGAAUCAAAAUGUGGGUUGGAGCUACAUUACCUGGGCUGUGGACAGUAUCACUACUCCCUCCACUUCCUGUUCUCUCUGGGCUCAAAUCCUACAGUGCUGAUUCCCUUAUUGAUGUGCCCUCCCCUGAGAGCACUUUAAUAAAUGGAAGCUUAACGUUAUUACUCAGUCCCAGCUUUUUCCUAAUGACAUGGAGUUCAGUGCUUACUAUCUGUCCUGGAGCAAUUACUUAUCACAGAGUUACCAGAGGUUUGAAUCCUCUCUCCAUUCCUGCUCAGGCUCUUAAAGCUAGUCAUUGAAUUUUGAUAGUUAUUAUUUAAUCCUUAAAAAAUUUUUAUUAUGGAAAAUUUCAAUGUCAAAACUACGGGUAAUAGCAUAAUAAAUCCCCCUGUAGCCAUUCCUUGCUUAGUGAGUUUAUCUACUCAUGUCUAAUCUUGUUUCAUUUAUACCUCUACCUAUUUUCUCCUCCUCCUGAAUUAUUUUGAAGCAAAAAUUAUGAUCAUUUUUGAGGAAUAUUUGUACACGUUAUUUUAUCCCUGUUCUCUAUUUUACUUCUCAAUAUUUUUAUAUAAUUUUCUAAACAUCGAAACAACAAGACUUUUAACUCAUAUGAGAGGCUUUUUCAGAGUUUUCCUAGAAUAAAUAAGUUCCGAUCACAAAGACAUUAUGCUAGGUGUGGAAUUGAGGUGAGGUCAGGUUUUGUUGGAUGGGGUGGACGGGGGCAGCAGAAGUGGAUGUAGGAGAAGAUGUCAACCCUUGUCCUGACAGAGCUUACAAUCUGGUUGGUCCUUGAACCACUGGCUAACAGAAGUGAGUACAAGUUAGGUGCUCAGUGGCCAUUUCUGUCUAUAUAUGCUGGCGUGUUUAGCAGAGCAAGAGGUCGUUGCAGUCUGCAUAUUUGAGAACGAGGACUUUAAGGAAGGGCAUAGAGAAUGGGUUGGAUCUGACAUUGUUAUCGCUCGGGGUUUUGGGGUGCAAGCAACAGAAAUUGAUUCUGACUGAAGAAAUGUAUUGGAAGCACAUUGAGUAACAAUGUAAAGAAUCACCAGGCAGAAGUGUGGCUGGAGAACCUGCCAGGCCACAGGAAACUCAGCCAGAGGUGAACGACAAAGCCACCUGGUUAGAUCACCACCACCCCUGCUGCCAGCCACACCUUCUGGAUGCCUCCUUUGAGCGUGAAUCCUAAACUGUCUCUAGUUCCGGUUGGAACCAUCUGAUUGGCUGAGAUAGGGCACAUGCCUGAAUGGUGGCUACAGUGGGAGGAGGGGAGAAGGGUCUGGCUUCUUCAGAAGACAUGGGGCUCUGCCCUUCAUGAAGCAUCAUGCAAUGGGGGAUUCCUUCCUGAGAGAAAAGGGUUUUAGAUGCUGAGUACCCACAAAGAUAAGUGUCCACUAUGACUGACACUGUCAUCUUGGGUUCUUCAUCUCCGUAAUCCCAGCACACGAUCACAAGAUCUCUGUUUUCCUUGGAAAAGCCUUUGCCUCUGCUGUUCCUGUCUUUCUAUUCCCAUAGCAACUGCAAAAGCCCGGGUGCUUCUCCCUGUCAGGUUCCUCAGAGAAUCUCCUGUACAGAUUUCCUGCUUCUGGUCGCUCCCAGCUCCAAUCCUUCCUACAAAACAAGGGUGCUGCUGCAUUAAUCUUAACCAAAACAACCCUAUGGCUCAAAACUCUUUGAUAUUCUCCUGUCACCUGGAAGAGAAAGUCUCACUCCUUGCAUUGGUCCCACCUUUCACAAUUGACAUCUGGCCUCCAUAUUCAGUCUCAUCUGUCAUUCCAGAAACCCUCUUCUCCACUUAAACAGGUUCCCAGACAUAUCCUGUGCCUUGCUACCUCCAUGCUUUGUUCAUUGAUAGUUCUGUUGUCUGGAAGACUUUCCACCUCAUAUUUCUGUUCCCUGCAGACUCUUCUGACCUCCCCAGAGAGAGGUGGCUGCUUUCUCUGAGCUCCUAUGGCUCGUGCAUGCAUUGCUCACUGGACAUUUAAUGUCAUAUGUCUGUCCAUUUAGACCAAUAAAUGCACUGGACAGCAUACUAGAAUUCUUUGUAUUUGUCUUACAUGCUAGCACAAUGCUGGGCUCCAAGGCCUUACUAGAUAUUUGACUUUUUUUUUUUUUUUUCCAUAAAUGGAGAGAACAGAGAAAGACAGUUAUAACAGGGAAAGCAAAACGUAAAACUCAGUGGUUGGAAUGCGCAAGGCGUAAGGAUAGAGAAUGGAUCAGGCAAGCUAGAGCUGGGAAGGAUUGGGUGGUAAGUUCAGAGAGAUGGGGUGGUUAAUUUUUUGUGCUGUUUGUGGUUUAAACUAAAUGGAGAUGCUUUGGUUGACAGGUGUAUGCUCUUUGGGAGUACCCUGAGUGCCUCCAUGGUUUAAAAGGAUGAUCCAUAGUUAGCCCAGAGUCAAGUACCAUGGUUUUCCCGAGACUCAGUAAAUGUAUAUUGCUUCCCAGCUCUGUGCUACGCCCUGUGCUGGCUGGGGACACACAGUUAAAGAAGACACAGCUCCUUCUCCUCAGGGGAUCCAAGUCCAGCAGGAAUGGCCAGUAUGCAAACAUUUGGAGUAAAAGACUAGGCCUUGGCUGGUGUGACCUCACUCCCUGUACCUGGAUUUGGGCUUCAGGUAAUAGCUUUGUCAGAUGGCCUUGUUCUUUCAGAGGUCAUAUAGUUCUGAAAAUUUUAUGUCUUUCGAACUUAACAGGCCCACUCCCAGUAUUUAUAGUCCCUUCUAGUCUUGGGCAGAUACAAAGUCAGGCAGUUGCAUUCAGAUGACUGCGAUUUCCGCUCAUUCUCCUUCCAAGUCCUAAUGGCCAACACUAUACAGGUUCCAGAAGCCCUUUCAUGCUCUUGCAGGAGGGGCAGGGUCUAUAGAUAGGACAGCGCAGAGCAACUCCUGCCGGGGAUUCCACUUGCCAUUGGCAGGGGCUCUUCGCGGAGAAGGUUGAAGCCAGUCUGGGGAGAAAGCUACAUGGCAGUUGGUUCUCCUUUCUUUUACUUGCUUAUAUUUCUGGUGUGAGAUGACUCUAAAUAUUUAGAAGUGAUCUUUGUGCUAUUAGCCAGGCUCAACUGUGAAAGGUAAAUGUUUUUUUCAUUUAGUAGUCCAUGAUCUCUAUCCACGUGUGAGGCGGUAAACCGCGUCAUGUUCAGGGUUUCUUUUCGUUGGACCACGAAUCUACAACAGACUUAACUGGGAACUAUUGGUGGCACAAACGGUUAAGUGCUCAACUGUUAGCCAAAAGGCUGGCAGUUCAAACCCACCCCAAGGCACCUUGGAAGACAGCCCUGGUGAUCUGCUUCGGAAACGUCACAGCCUUGAAAACCCUAUCAGGCACAGUUCUACUCUGCACACCUCGAGUCACCAUGAGUUGGAAUCAACUUAAUGGCAACUAACAACAACAUUGCUUCAGAUAAAAGGCAACUGGUUCACAAAUAUUUAUGGUGCCAAGGCCUGAUGUAGGCACUGGGGAUGCAACAUUGUAUUAGAUAGAGGACCAAAAGGAGACUAUUUACAUUUUUUUCUACUGAGGAAAGAUGGGCAAUAAAGAUACAACAAAUGAUUAAGGCAAUACAGGUACCAUAAGGACUUUGAAGAUGAUAAAAUUAAAUAAUCAGUGCAAUAGAGGACCAUAGUUGGAAGGGGUCUGAAGUUGACAUUUGAGCUAGUCUUGAAUGAUGAGAAAUGAUUCAGUUUACCAAACUUGACUAUACACCUGUAUGCAGUCUCUGUUCUAUUUGAAAUCCCACUAUGAUUUCUGAGAUACAGAAAAAUUACUACAAAAUUCAAAACUUAUGAAGAAUUGUGCUUGCAAAAUAAACGGCCUGUGUUGAGUAUUCCUAGUUGGUAGCUUGAGGGUUGAGAUGGGGACAAACAAGGCGUUAGUGAUGUAGGAGGUGGAAGUGUUUCUUACUGAAUCCUGAAUGCUUAGACCUGGCAACAUUCUCACCCAGGAAAUGUGCUAACCAUUUCACGUAUUUUUCAUUUAAAUUUUUUAGGAGGUAGAUCCAAUGAAGUUUCUUGGAAAGACUGUUACGCCUUUUAGAAAAUUAUUGGUUUACAAGAAUCCAUUCAUUACUGAUAUUUUUAUUGCUGUUACCAUUCAGAAUAAGAUCAGUCUAUGUCACCUUGGAAACUGAGGCUAUUUAUUUAGAGCUCUGAAUGUGGAGUUUGAAGGUUUUUUUUUUUUUAUAAUUGACUUGAGAUAGAAAGAAAUAUGCUUCAGGGACAAUGAAGUGUGUGCACAGCUGGUUUGUAUAAUGUGUUUAGAUUUCCUUUUCCAUAUUUUAGAGAUUCCCCUGUCGUUGCUCAGAUUUUUCUUUUUAAAUCAAAAUCUCAGGGUGAAAGAUGAGAGCUCUCUAAAGGAUAUGGAAAUACAAUGGAAUCUUUAGGAGUCUGCAGGCCUUGGUUGAUGAUGGCACCCACAGUGCAAUGUCUGUAAAACCCUGAAGCCCAGCCAGGGACAUUAAAUAAAAGACUACGGUGACCUCAGAUUUUGAGAGUAGGUCAUUUUACAAUCUGUUCUUUUUUUUAAGAGUGCCUGGCUGUCUUUGCCUGAGGAUAGUGCAAUGGUAUUUCCCAGGACAGAAUUGAAUCAUUUGAAUUUCUAGGUUGCAGACCCCAUGAUCCUUGGGAAUUUGGAGUUACAAACUAACUGGGGAAAUAUUCCAUGCUCGUGAUAAUUUCUGACCCUCUCAGGUCGUUCGACUGAUGUGGCUUGGUGUUGAGGUAUCUGCCGGGAGUGUCGUGAAUGAUGUGAGGUGUGGACAGUGCGUAGGUCAGAAGACAACCCUAGGAUUCAUCUUUCGUCUUCUGUGGUGCAUGAGAGAAGCCAGGUCAUGGCUCAAUUAGAAAAACCAUACCUUGUUCCUGCAAUCUGUAACAAUUGGAACAUGGGCGAGUGAAUAAAUGUAAUUCUGCCAGCUAGAUACCCCUCUUGCACUAAGAGACUAUGGAUAAGCAGGAAAAGAUUCUUGCUUUAAGUCUGGUUGAGGAGCCACAAUAUAGAGAAAGGAAAUAAUCAGAACAGAAUAGCAAAAGAAUUAAAUCAGGAUAUUUGGAUUAAUAUCCUCAGGGCAUGGGAUGAGUGAACCAGCAGGCUGGGAAUUGUCACUGAAUGCAAAGCCAGAGAAAGGAAGGAAGUUGUCAGUGUGGGCUGGAGAGGUCGAGAGGUCAUAGAGGUUUGUUGGAAGAGAUGGAGCCUUGAUGGAAGACAGGUCAGGGAAUGGGGCUAAGAGGACGUCUUCUAAAGAACCCAGAGCCCUAGACCUAACUAGGUGGUAGAAAGAAAUAUUGACUCCAGGGACGCAUUCAUAAAAAAAAAAAACAAAAAAAACCUUUUUUUUUUUUUUUUUUUUAGGAUUCUAAUAUUCUGAGUUUUCUCUGGAGGGUUAGUAGGUAUGAGAUGGAGGAAGUGGAGGCCACUAGGCCCUGUGGUCAAAUAAGUCUAAAUAAGACUGGGAUCAGCAACUAAUGGUUUUCUUACUGCAGGAAUCCUCAGGCCUUUACUGUGCUGAUGUUCCCAGUGGCUUCCCCAAGAUGGGCAUAUACAGCUAGCUGUCUUCUGCUUAUUCAACCACAGAACCAUGUUUUUGUCCAGGAGGACCCUGCAAGGACUAGUGUUCCGAAGAACAUAAUUGAGUUGGGGCAAUGGUAGCCUAAAUAGCUUAUUUCAAUGCAUUUGUAAUGCAAGUCACUAUCAGUAAAGUUGUGUUCUCCAUGGGCUGAAAGCCCAAGGGAAUUGAUUGGAAGGAAGUUAGAGGGAACUGCAUUUUCAGAAGUCAGUGAACGAGUGGCCUUCCAAGGGAGCCCAGCCUGGAAUAAAAUACCCUAGGGUCAUCUGGUUCAAAGUUAUUUCUCAGGAUAUCCAUAGACACGUAAUAUGGGCUUGAAAAAAAUAGUAUUGUUAAAAUCAUUCCUGUUCUUCUGUGGAUAUGUGGGGAAGGAUUUUGUGCGGCCCCAUCAUUCCGAUGGGUUGCAGCCACUGGGGCCGUGAUUGAGGGCAAGGCUCAGAGAGCUGGCAGGAUUAGCGUUGCCAGAUAAAAUAUAGCAUGCCUAGGUAAAUCAGAAUUCUUUAAAUGUAGAGUUACAUAGUUGAAGUGACCCACUGUGAAUAAUUUUCCAGUAUGACUGUGUCCCAAAUACUACAUGGGACAUACUUAUGCAAAGAAAAUCAUUCAUCAUUGAUCUGAAAUUCAGAUUUAACUGGACGUCCUGUGUUUGUUUUCCAAAUCUGGCAGCCCUACGCAGGAUGUUGGGGGUGCCUAGAUGUGCAGACCAGAAAAUGACUGAAAAACCUACAAGGCAAGGUAGCAUGGAUAGAUUCCAUGUUGUAGAAAGCCCAGGCCUUCUGUUCUUGGAAAUGGGUUAGGCCAUUGCAAGCCUCCCCACUCCCAUCUUUCUCUUUUGUUACACCCCACUCAGUUUGGGGGAAUCUGUCUUUAUUUGGCCCACAUGGUUUUUAGAACAAACACACAAGUGUAACAUCUAAAACUUUAUCAGAUUUGUAGCUUCUCUUGAAAAUGCAAAAAAGCUUAGAGUUUCAUAGAAAGAGGCCAGUUGUGAAUAAACCCAGAAAUCUUUAAGCCAAAAAGUCCAUGAGUUCCCUGCCUGCAGUGAAUGCAGUGGGGGUGGGCGUAUGCCCAUCCGGGUCAAACCACAACGGGGGCAGAAGACAAGGAGAUAACGUUUCUCAGCCCCCUCCCCUUUUUGGAAUUUGAAGUGUAAUUGAGGAUGCCAAAUUAUCUCACAUGUGAAAGUAGAACAAAGGUUUUAAACUGCCUCUUUGUACUGACUCUAGGUGAAAUGAGAGUUCUGAGAGGGGAGAGUUUGCUUGUCUGGAGUACUGGAGGCUCUGGGAAUGCCUUUCACUGCUAAGAAGCUCAGUGUCUUAGCUCCACAUUUAGUGAUGGUCACUAAACAGCUGGGGCUUUCCAGUGGCUCUACGCAGGGAUCUCAUCAAGAGGAACAAGAAUCAAGCAAAUCUCCUGGAAAGGCCUCCCCAUGACCUGUGGGGUGGCCGCCCCUCCAGCUGCACUCCUCUCUGCUCCUGCCUGUGACUCACCCCCUUUCUUCUGUGCUCUGGGACCUGCCUUUCCCCGAGUGGCAUGGGGCAUGCUCCUGACUUAUGAGUAGGCUGGCGGUGGUGGGCAGCCAGUGCGCUGUGAAUGUGUGUUGGUAGGCCUGAGCAAGGAGUCAGUAGGAUGCUGGAGAGCUGGUCUGUGUGUGCACUGUGUAGGAGGGCUUGGAUGUGGAGUUUGGAAGGCCUAUAGCUUCUAUUGAUCUCACAGACUCAUAGUGACCCUGUAGGACAAAGUAGAACUGCCCCAAAGGAUUUCCAAGGAGGGACUCGUGGAUUUGGAAUUGACUUGAUGGCAACAGGUUUGGUCUUGGGUUUGGAUAACUUCUCUCGACCAUUGUACAGACACUAGCAGGGACUCCAAGUCACUUCAGAGGGCACUGUGACACCCAGUACUCACUGGCCGCUGCCAGCGUUAAUGACACCAUGAGUGCUUGCUGUAUCCUAUGGCAACAGCAGCUCCUUGUUAAUUCAGAGUAAUCCUGGGGGCAGGCAGUAUCACAGGCCACUGCACAUUGCCUGGGAAAAACCCCGGGUCAUGAGCAUCCUUGAUUUGUGUCCAAGCUCCAGGAACAUCUUUGCUUGUUCUCCACUGUCAUUCUCCCACCCCCUAGUUUGGGAAUCUGGUAGUAGGAGGAGGGGGAAGUGCCAAUAAAAUGUUGCUCUAGAGGUCAAGUUGAACUCUGAAAAUGAGUCCAUUAGAUUCCACAAUCAAUAUCCAGCUUCUAAACAUUAUGUAUAUUGAUGGGCUGAUUGCUAGGAGACUAGUACUGAGGGAAUUGGAAUCCAUUUCGCUGGGGCCAAAUUGGUUGUUGAUGGGUCAUAGUAGACUGUGGCUUUAAUCAUCAGCUAAAAACAUCCUGGACUCGAAUAAAACACAACUUGAGCACAUUGGAGCCCUGCUGUGCUUUCCUGAAAGCCGGGCAGAGGAUGGUUUUUGCUGGGUCCUGCACUGUGGGCCUGCCAGACACAGAAGGGCUGGCUGGAGCUCCAAGUGAAGCUUCUGCUGGUGUGACAUGAGCGAGCAGAGGAAGGCAGGUAGGGAGGGUGGAGGUGGCGGGGGGUGCCUAAGACUCUGCAACUAUGAGAUUAAGAUGGGCUGUUUAGGGAACCGUGGAUGAAGACUGGUCCAGAAUGAGAAGUACAGCAAAGGCUUGUCUACAUCCUGAAAAUCAAUUUGGCAUCUAUUUUCAAUUCUUAGUGGCCACUGCUAAAGCCGGCAAUUUAGCUAUUUAAAAUCUAGCAUUUAUAUCUCCUUCUUCUCUCUUACAGACAUUCCCACACAUGUACUCUGUGCCACAGUUUGGCUAGUCUUCACACUCUAAACAACACUGUGAAGUACACAGAAUUUAAACAAAUGGCCUGAGGUUGCACAGGAAGGAAGUGGUACCACCAGCUCUGCAGAUGCGCUCAAAGGUCAUGUUCUUUUCACCCCAUCCCCACAGCCUUGGUUUAUCCUUCAUUCUUACCAAUAACUCCCCACGUAGGGAAAAGGCUUUGGGUUUGCUCGUUAAUCUUCCUCCCUCUGGCUCUUGCCCUUUGCAGUCCAUGAACACACAUCUUCACCUGGCCUGCUUAUCCAGCUCUGCUCUCAGGACUUGGAGACUUACAAUUGGCUGAGACGGGGUUCUCACAGCGGGAAAGACUUUCCUUUAAGGUUUUUCAGUCCCAGAGGCUGGGCGAGAGGAGGGAUGGGCAUGUACUCAGCACAAAGUGUGUGUGGGCGGGUGUGUGUAUGUCUAUGUGUGUGUGUUGAGGAGAGGGCAGUGAGGGGCUGGUCAGUUGGCUUGCAGUGACGACACAUUUUGUACCUGUCCCAGGUACAGAGCGUGAUAUGGUUUUGUGGUAUUCUGGUAGUGUGGAAUCUGGAAUUUAAUAUGAAUUGUCCUGGGCCCAAGGCCAGUUGGUCCCCUGCCCCUCUGUCUCCCAAGUGACACAUUCAGCAAGUGGGGGUGGGAAUCCACUAGGUGAUUGAUGAGGCUGAGUCCUCCUGGACUGACAGACAGUCCCUGGUCAUUUGGUCAGGGGAUCUGGCCUGCUCCAGCUUAGUCAGCUCAGCCUGAGGCAGGACCGCAGGGGCAGGACGUGGCAGUUUCCCAGAACAGGUUUCUGGGGCAGGAAGUUGAGGGUAAUUGGGUUAAUUAAACCCCUACAGAUCUCCAGCUGCAGAAUUGCUUCAAGGCACUCGGAAGGUUUAAAGUCGUGCAUUUAGUAAAACAAAACCAAAAUGCCCACAAUUAAGCCAAGGUGAGCCCUUUCUACCCACGGUGCUGUGUGUGGUUCGGUUUAACUCAGGGGCAGGAAAGAGGGCAAAGAGUUUCCAUUGUUCUCUGAGUACCUGUAGUCUGAUUCUGAACAGGGACUUGGCUCUCGUGGUUCCAGGUCAUCCCUUGAUCUUACCCUCUGCUAGGCCAAGUUGGCAGGUGUUUCCUCUGCCUCCACUCUGUCAGGCACAGCUCUGGCAAUAGGAUUCCAGCCACUAGGAGAUGCCUGGCUGAGGGUGCAAACCCCACAGAUGCCCCUGGCCGGCACUGACAGAAACUGCUGUUUGACCCUUGAAACAGCCCUGGUGAUGCAUCACACCCUCUGCCUGCUGGGCCAGCAUUUGAAGGGUCUCUGCCUGUCCUUCUUCCCGACAGGGACUGCCUCAAGCCUCAGCUUGCCAGGCCAGGCCCAGAGAACCUGGUGGGCAGGACUGUGUGGAUCCAAAGAGGCACAGACAGGGCCUCUCCCACAUACCCUGUGGGGAUUGCUCUGGGUGGUGUCCCUGGUUGGCUCCAAAAUAAGGCAAUGGAGGAAUAAGUAUGGUGAAAAAGAAGGAAGGUGGUCAGAGGUGACGCUGGGAGUGCUAAAUUGCUGAAGAGCACAGUAAAAAGUCAGGGAUGGGAGCAGCGAUUAGGUCAGCGCUGGAGGAGAGAGCUGGAGAGAAAAGAUGAACACAGAGCAUCUGACUGAGAAUAAAAGAUUUUUAUGUGGACUGGAAGUUGGCAAAAGGAGAAAUAAAUCAGCCCCCUGCUGAGCAACUUUCAGGAAUUAGAGGCAGUCAAAUUGGAUAUUGAGGAAAUAUUUGAAUCUAAGGGAUUGUGUUUGGGUUUGGAGGCCAAGAACGGCCCUGGGCUGUCAGCUGUCUUCUCUGAAGAGCGGGCUGGGGGUCACUGUCGUGUGGGGUUAGGAGCAAGUUGGACUAGAUAAGCUUUGUCCCUGACAGGAGGCAGCAGUUACUGCCCACAUUUCUCUGAGAGCUUCGUCAGAUGUCCUGCUAGGCUUUCUGUGUGGGGAGGGUGGCACCCGGGAGACUGAGUGCUGACAGAGUGUCAUUGUGGCUGUUAUCCUAAGGGCUGUUCACUCCAGGGGAAAAGGCCAUUGGGCUAGAGGAUGUCGAGAGGCUUGGCUGUGAGGCCAGAUCUGCCAUGGGUUCCUUUGGGCCACCUCACUGCCUCGCGCCUCCUCUCUAAGGCCACACAGAGCACAGACGCUGAGUGCUGCCUGGGUCACAGUGCCCUGUUGCCAGUCUCCCACUGAUGACUUCCAGAAAAUUCCUUGACUCUCUGGGUCUCUGUUGACUCACCCUAAAGUGAGGAUAAUAUUAGUAACUCUUUUAGAGCCUAUUGUGCUGAUUAAAAAAAAAACACCAGCUGACUCACGGUGACCCUAUGUGUGUCACAGUAGAGCUGUGCUCCAUAGGGUCUUCAGUGGGUGAUUUUUUGGAAAGAGAUAACCAGGCCUUCCUUCCCAGAUGCUUCUGGGUGGAAUUGAACUGCCAGCUUUUUGGUUAGCAGCCAAGUGCCUUAGCCAUUUGCAUCACCCAGGGAGCUGAUUAGAUGAGGUAGUAUUUGUAAAGUGCUGACAGCAGUGUCGGUAUCUGUAUUAAUGUCUGAAAAAUAAAACAACUUCCCCGAAAUGAUCUCUCCUGUCCUUCCCAGUUUGCACUUGCUGUGAUUCUGAUUCAUUUCAUCCUCUACAAACUUCUUAGGAAGGAGGGGUGACCCCCCCCACACACACCCUGCCCCUAUAUUGAGAUAAGGAAAUCUGUAGGCCACCUCAGGGAUAUUUUCCAUAGGCCAGGUGGCUGGCAAAUGGAUGGUCAGAGAAGGAAACCAGAACCCUUAACGCUUGGUUAUGCCACUCUCAGAGUGGGGGGAGUUGCAUUAGAAUUCCAUGGCCCUCACUGCCUCUUCCUUUUCCCUCCAACUCCCUCAAUUUCUGUUUCUGGGUCCACUUCUCAGGGAUGAAGCGACAUGAACAGAUGAUAAACUAACUCCUUGGGACUGUGGAAGAAACAAGUGCUGAAGAGGCGGCCGGCUGGCAGUACGGAGAGGAUGGGGUCACAGGGCAGGCCUCUCACAGCUGAAAGGGAACAGGAGGAAGACAAGGCCCCAUUUGCAGCCUGCUGCCAAGGGCUGAGGAAGCGUAACAGGAAGUGAACACUCCAGUCUCUUGUGGCUCUUGGACAAAGGCUGAACCUGUUGCUGUCGAUUCUGACUCACAGCGACUCCAUGUGUUACAGAGUAGAACUGCUCCAUAGGGUUUUCAUAGCUGUGAUCUUUAUGGAAGCAGAUUGCCAGGCCUGUCUUCUGCAGAGCCAUGGAGUGGGCUUGAAUCACCAACCUUUAGGUUAGUAGUCAAGUGCAAACUGUGCCACCCAGGGAUCUGGAUGAAGGCCUAGGGAGCUGGAAAGACACGUUUCUGACAGCACCAAAGGGGCCAAGGCUUCAGGGUGUCCUGGGUGGGGAGGAGGAGAAAGCUGUAGUCUGCAGGGGCUGAUGGAGUCUAUCUGCCUCUGGCUGAAAACUAGUGUGGCUCUGGGAGGUACUCCUGCUCCUCAGCAGGUGAUCAGGACACAGGGGCUUCCUAACCCAUCAGGAUCAAGGCAGGUGGCAAAAGUUCACCAAACACCCCACCCAAGGGCUCCUCACCCCUGCCAGCCUCUGACUCUUGGGUACCAGAGCAGCGCUUCUCAAAUAUUAAUGUGCACAUGGAUUGCCUAGGGACUGGGUUGCAGUAUGAUUCAGUGGGCCAUAAAGUCUUCGUUUCUGACCAGUCCCCAGCCAUACCGAUGCUGCCGUCCAUGGAUGUCGACAAGUAGUAAGGGUCUGGAGCACAGCUCGCCAUGGCCUGGACCUCCUUCCCAUCAGAAGCCAUCGGCCCUGUGUGCUGGUUCUGUUUUCCUUCUCACAUCCACAGAUUUCUCAACACCAGUCAGAUGGAACAAGACUGGGGUAACAUGGGGGACCCCUCUGAGAGAGCAUCGAUGCAGUUUCCCUGGGAGGAAGGAUUAUCCUCCAGGGUCAGCAAAAACCUUGGAGGGGGAGGAGCAGGCUGGCUGUGCAAUGGCACCUUCUUAGCCCCUCCUUCUUUCUCAAAGCCCUACAGUGAUCUGUUCCGGCAGCCUUUUGCUUAGCUCUCUGAUUUCUGUGUCCAAUCAAUCAGCCACUCUUUGUGUCACGUAAAAAUGCGUGACGGAGCCUUGACCUUGAAGCCAUCCAGCCACACAGGCUUCUGUCUUUCACUGUCUCUUUGAACUUAGAAAAAGGUGGAGGGGAUAAAGCACCAGACUGUUUUGCUAAAAUGUGUUGCCAUUAUUGAUGCAACUUCUUUGCAUUAGAUCCUGCACUAACUAACACUAUGGCAAUAAGAGUGCCCUCUCUUCCGUCUGCGGAUUAUAUUAUGUUGUACAAGCACUUUGACAGUCAUUAUCUUAUUUGAUAUUGAAAACACCAUUAUGAGAUGAAAGAAGAUUACCAUUCCCAGGAAACUGAAGCCCAGAGAGGUUCAUGAGACCACAAGGCCGUGGUAACAGAACUAGGAUUGACACUCAUUUUUGCGCUAGAGUUGAUAUUGAAUAACCAGUGCGGUGGACUUACCAAUAGUACGGGUCAUAAUUUGGCCCAUCCCAGGCACAGCGUGUUCAUACCAUUUAAGAGUCUCAAGGUGUUGCCAGCUAUAGAUGGGUGUUAGUACUAUUCCUGAAAUAAUAUGGGCCAUAUUGCUCCUAAAGUACGUAGCUGAGAAUGCUCUAAAUGUGUGGUGAAAAAAAAAAAGUGUACAAGGGGUUAAAAUAGCAAAUCAGCAAAGAAAACAAAAUAAGCAAAAAAAAAAAAAAGAAUGCAGGGAUAAAUGAGUUAGAAAGUAUGUUUUAAAAUAAUCUCAAAAAAAAAAUCGAUCUCGCACAUACACACAGACAGACAGACACACACACACACACACACAUGCAUGUGCGCUGUGGGGAGUCUUCCUGGUGAGAUUUAUAUUCCACGGGGAGGCAUUUAGAAAACCCAGCCAGGUAGGAGACAGUGGGACAGUGCUUAUUGAAUUUGUUCCUGGAAUGUUCCCUCUAGGGCAUCUGUCUCUUUCCUUCGAACAGGCAUUCCAAGCCACUGCCCGUGACCAGGUGGGACAGACACGUGGCCAACCACAACUUAAUUUUUCCCAACCCUUAUUUAGGCUCUAAUUCCACAUGCUGCUUGGGGUUGCCAUGGAGACGGUCUACUGCAUUCUCCUUCAAAUAGAGCCAGAAUCACACUUCUGCUUAUGUGCCAGGUAGAAGUGACGGAGUGACAUUUCUGUCAAGAGCCCUCUCCAGUACACUCACCUCAGCUGAGUGCCCAGGAACGUGUGAGCAAGGUACCUAAACUCAUGCUUCAAGGUGCUUAAAAAGCAAAGCAAAACACACGUCAACAUACAAAGCUGGAGACUCACCAUAAACCUGUCCCUGAAGGCUGUUGUCACUGUGGACCGGUCGAGCAGGACAUUUCUGAGCCAAUGCUGUGUGCAGAGUUCUGGGCUGGGAGUGAUUGGACAGUGGGGGGUGAGGAAUCAGAGACUGGCAGACAGGAAAUCUGCCACGGGAGGAUUUGCCCAGUGGGGAGGCAUUCCUGUACACAAAGAAUGCUUUCUCUGGCCUCAGGCUACAUUGGGGUACAGUCUGUGCAGUGGCUGGGAGCACCUUACACAAUGGCUGGCCUGGGUUCAAGUCCUAACUCUUCCACUUAGAGCUCAGAGUCUUCGGUUGGGUUUCUUAGUAUCCAGAGCCUUGGCUUCUUUAUACUUUCUCAGUAGGGUUGUUGGGAGCACUCAGUGGAAUGAUGUCUGCUGAAGAGCUAGCGCAGUGUCUUGCACACAGCAGGGGCUCAAUGAAGGCUCCUUUCUUCCUCUUCUUCCCACCUAUUAUUAGCGGUGAGUGGGGCAGUGGGCAAAGGAGGAGGAAAGAAGGCUCCAAGGGUGGUAAAGGAUAUAGCAGAGACUUGGAGGUUGAGUUGCAGGCCUGGACAGGGGACAGUGAGCAGUCUGCAGAAAGGCAAAUAGGGCAAGAAGUGAUGCUGAUCACAAAAUGAAAAUGAGACCACUACUCAGGGGCUUUUUCAAUAUUGAAGAGCUGGGCAAAUUGCUGUGAGCAGCUCACGUCUGUGCGCCUUUGUUUACACUUCUGCAAAGACUUGAGUAGUCUGCCUUCACCAAGAGAUGCUGACUGUUAGCAUUUUCAAUCUAAAGGUGUUCUCUUUAAAAUUCCCUCUAUCUGAAACCCAGGCAAGGUAUGUAUCAAUCAACAUUUGGAAGCUAUGGUUUGCUUUAAAGAAAACAAAAACAAAAAACUGUCCUUUUCCAGUAAACACCUUUCCCAGCCCUGUCGCUACACACCCUCCCCGCCCCGCCCCACCAUUCCUCCUAAUAGACAAAUCACUGAGAAAAUUCUCUGUGGAGUGGCUAACGCUGCACAAUGCUAGAUGAUGAGUAGUUUGCCUGCCGAGAAGCGCUGCAUUCUGCGUGCAGAGCACUGCAGAGUCUCUUGGGAUAAUGGUCAACAAAUCCCAAAUGUGGCUCCAAGCAGCUGUGAGUCUCCAUUUCCAGAGAGGCCAUGCCCCUGAGCUGCACAUGGUCCCAUUUCUCCUAAACCCUGGAGACCAGAUGAGAAACUGCUUUUAAAUCAUAUUCUUUGUAAGCCCUGCCCAGAGGCAGAAAGAUGGGUUGAUUAGACGGCCACUCAGAGUCACUGUCAGUCUGUUUUCUGAGCUUUCAGGAAUCCUCCAGGCCAAAAAAAAAAGAAAAAACUGGAACGCUAAUGUCAUUGGCUUUGAGGAAGAUGCAGCGUGGUACAGUGGUUAUGACUUGGACUGGGAUCAUAUCAGUGGGGAUUGGAUAGGACCAAGCUGCCACUUGGUAGCUCUGUUACCUCAAUUUCUCUAAGAUUUCAUUUGAUCAAUUCAAACAGUAAUAAUAAUAGGAAGGAAAGCAUACAUGGCCAUCACCCUGGGCCUGCUUCGCCUUCAGUUGUGUGUGUGUGCGCACACACACGUGUACACACACAAGUGCUUUCCCAGGGUGUGGAGUGUUGCUUCCUGUUGAGUGAGUGGGUGGUUCCGGGAUUCUGCCACGGCCUGUGGGCCCUGACUGCAGAGUUGAAGUUCACAGCCCAGGCUUUCGUCAGAGGAGAAGGAGUCUGACAGCUCUUGGCAGUGGAGAUAAUUUAGGAGGCUGGAAGGAGACUCCCUGGGGACAGUGAGGGAGGGGCUUGGCGGGUGGCAUGAAAUAGCCUCAGAAGUGCACCUUAGAAGGGUAUCUCGCCAAAUGUAGAACAAAGUUCUAACUCACAAAAAAGGAGCAAACCUACUGGGUUGACAGAGACUGGAGAAACUCCAAGAGUAUGGCCCCUGGACACCCUUUUAGCUCAGUAAUGAAGUCACCCCUGAAGUUUGCCCUUCAGCCAGGGAUUAGACAGGCCCAUAAAACAAAACAAGACUAAAGGGGCACACCAGCCCUGGGCAAGGACUAGAAGGCAGGAGGAGACAGGAAAGCUAGUAAUAGGGAACCCAAGUUCGAGAAGGGAGAGUGUUGACAUGUCGUGGGGUUGGUAACCAAUGUCAUAAAACAAUAGGUGUACUAACUGUUCAAAGAGAAGCUAGUUUGUUCUGUAAACCUUCAUCUAAAGUACAAUAAAAAGGAAAAAAAAAGAAGGGUAUCUUGCUAUAAACUACCAUUGGAGUGCCCGGGACCCAUUCUUGGUCUCUGGCUUCAGUCAGGUGGCACCUGAAGGCAUCUAGCACAGAGUAGAUUUUCAACAAAAAAGCUUUGGAGCAAAAAGAGCCUGAGGAAUGGAAUGUCUGGAAAUGAUAAAAUAGCUUCUCUCAGAUAUCUGGAAAGGGGCCACGCUCCAUUCCAUUUGGAAUCGGCUACCUGGACAUCUCCUGUGGGCCUACUACCUGACCCACACUCAAGCCCAAAAGGAGUGUCCUGAUGAAAUUCAACCCUACCCCUCACUGGACCACUCUGUGGGAACACAACAGUGACGUGGCAGUGUCGUUGAAUUGUAUGGAACCCUCUUCCUCUUUACUUAAUGAGAGGGCUUGUCACGUACCAUAAUCAUCUAUGUCUUCUCUAAGAUUUAUGUCUUCCCGAGAUUUAUGGAGAUGACGUGAGAUAGUGUCUGUGAACACUCUCUGUAAGAAGUGCUAUCAGACACCAAAGACAUGCUCUUGAGAAGUACAUUUCCUUUUAUUCAGCAAGGCAAGAAUUCUUGGCUCCUGGUACAGAGUCCCUCCCAAACAUCUCUGCUUAGUGGAGCUCUGGGUUCUGGCAUUCCUUUGGAUUGGAUGGUUCUUAUUUGAGAGCUUCUUAAAGUCCUCUCUGGUCAAAGUUUUUAGGAUUUCAGGCUGAGAGACCCACUGCAGCACCAGUAGACCAGUUUUUCUGUCUUCCUGUCCAUCCAAUCACUCUUUUACUCACUCAGUCUCUCACAUACUCGCUCAAUUGAACAACUGCCAUAUUGAGUGCAGUCCUAGGCCACUGGAGAUACAAUCAUGAAUAAGACAUUGUCCCAGCUGUCCCUGUGUUUAAUGUCUACUCGGGGAGAGAAAACAGAUAUAUAACGUAAACAGACACAUUAUAAUACAAUGCAGUAUGUACCUCUCAUCCAUGAUAGUUCCAGAACUUUCCUGCUAAUGCUGGCCAACCAACCCUUGAGUGUCUAGGAGGACUAGACACUUCUCCAAAGGCCUAGAAAAACAAGGCUCUCCCCUUGCCCUUUCGAAGCAAAAUUUACUGAGAUUUUAUUUGUUGCCUACAAUCUUAACGGAGCCUAGUAGUUUUCUUCCUAGGUAGAAGCCAUUAACAACACCAAGAAUUGUUAGUGAAUAGUUUCCCUUACAUGUGUAAAAACUAAAAACCCAGACCCACUGCCGUCGAGUUGAUUCGGACUCAUAGCUCCCCACAGGGCAGAGUAGAACUGCCCCAUAGAGUUCCCAAGGAGCGGCUGGUGAAUUUGAACUGCCAACUUUUUGGUUAGCAGCCAUAGCUAUUAACCACUGCACCUAAAAUACCUUAUAAAAAACCCUGUUGCCGUCCUUAUUGAUGAUCUAAAUUACAGAUAUGUGUAUGGUAUCAUGCUAGGUGCCAGGAGGGCAUUAAGGAGUUUACUGUAUAAUCAAACAGAUAAUAAAUCCAUGCAUGAAUUUAAACAAUAACUGGGCAAGCUAGGUUGAGAGUAGAUGCCAGAGAACCCAGAAUAACUAAUAAGAUGGUGGGUGGUAGGGCCAGUGAUAGAAUAUGAGAAUACAAGAGGAAGUGAAGAAUUUCUUUAGACGUGUAGAGGUGGAUAUGCCUUGGGGUCAUAAUCCCCACAGGGCUGCCGGAGCUCUAAGUCUGGAGCUGGAAAGGAUGCUUUGUGCUACAGAAUUGGAAGCCUUUAGCCUGUAGAUCAUGCUGAAGCAAUGGGGGUCUGCAAGGUGUGUGUAGAAAGAAUCUGACAGAAAGCCAAGGCAAGGACAGAGCCUGAAGAAGCCCCAAAUGCAUGAGCUGGGCAGGGGAGAAGAACUCGCAAAGCAGACCAAAGAAGACUGAUCAGAGUAAAAAGAAGAAAACCUGGGGUGGGAGAGGUCCUCAAGCCAAUGAACAUUUUAAGAACAAAGGAGUGAUCAAUUGUCAGGGAUUCAAGAAUGGUCAAGAUGAGAACCAAGGAGGACCUGUUGGAUCCUGGUGCCCUUGGGGAGAACAAUGCCAAGUGAAGUUUAAGGGCAGAGGCUAGAUUGCAGUGAAUUGGCUAGAAAGACAGGGUGGUGAAGGAGUGGGACAGGGGCUUGGAGAUGUAGAUUUCAGAACUGUAAGGGGAAGAGAGAGCAUGGUGAGAGCUUUCAACAACCCCCAGAAUGAAGGAUUAUUAUCUUUUGCUGAUAGAGGAUACCGAGUCAGAGAGGGGAAAUAAUUUGCCCUUUUUUUACAUUGCUGGUAUAAACAGAACCCCCCUGUGAUGGUUAAGGUUGGGUGUCAGCUUGGCUGGGCCAUGAUUCUCAGUAUUUUGGCAGUUAUGUAAUGAUGUAGUUUGGCAGUUAUGUAAUGAUGUAAUUCAGCAGCUGUGUAAUGAUGUAGCUAUCCUCCAUUUUGUGAUAUAAUCACCUCUAUGAUGUGAUCUGAUGUGACCAGCCAAUCAGUUGUAAGGGGAGUGUCCUCGGGGCUGUGGCCUGCAUCCGAUAUAUAUGGAUGUUCUGGCAAAGCUCACUUGUGGGCUCUGGAUCCUGCACCUGGCUCGUCAUCACCUGACCUCCAGUUCUUGGGACUUGAGCCGGCAGCCUGCCGUACUGCCUGCCAGUCUUGGGAUUUGUCGGCCUCCACAGCCUGUGAGCCAGCAGCCUACCAUCCGACCUGCUGAUCUUGGGUUCCUCAGCCCCUGCAGCUACGUGAGCCAGGAGAAGCCUCCAGCCUGAUACCUGACCCACAGACUUGGGACUUGCCAGUUUCUACAACUUCGUAGGCUGUUUCUUUGAAAUAAAUCUCUCUCUCCACACACACACACACACACACACACACACAUAUAUAUAUACUUCACAGGUUUUGCUUCUUUAGAGAACCCAGCCUGAGGCCCUCCCCCCCAAAUAGAGGUUAUUAUAAUUGUUUUCCCAAGGUAUUACAAAUAGAAAGUUGCAGAAUAGGGAUUCAAGUUCCAACAUAACUGGCUCCAAAGCCUGUGUCCUUGCUACUGAAAGUAUGGUUCUGGGACCAGUAUUGUGGCCAUCGCCUGGGAGGUAGUUAGAAAGGCAGCAUCUCAGGCCCACCCCAGACCUACUGGAUCACAAUCUGCAUUUUAACAAGGCCUCCCAGGUGAUUCUCAUGCACACUAACACCUGAGAAGCACUGGCCUGUGCUUUUCCCUAUGUUAUUUUCUUGUAAUCCAGGUAUGAGGGAAGAAGGUCCUGAAUUACCAGAUUGACAUAAAACCAGAGAAGUGGGUGGGAGAGACGUGAAGGUUGCUUCUUUCUCUGAGUGAUAUGUGACCUCUAUGUGUCCCCAGCUGUCCCUGGGGGAGCUCACCUUCAAUAGGGAAGGCGUUCUCUGUAUACCAUGGCCAGGCCCAGAGUCCUGCUUCACCAUAGGGUGAUGGGACACAAUGAGUUCUGGGCCACUUUUGCUACAUUUUCAAUUAACAUCAGUUUUCUUCAAAUAAUAAUGCAGACAUAGUGCAAGAAAACACCCUUUUAAUCACUAGUGUAAUUAAACUGCAUAAUUAGUCUGAUCUUUGCUGCCUUUCCAAAGCUCCCAAAGGGAAGAUAACUCAUGUACAUGGAGAUUUUCUCAGAUAUUUUGCUUCUAAAGGAUUCAAUAACUGCCUACCCAUGGUGUUUUUUAAUUACAGCAACAGCUGCCUUGAAUACUUGUUGUUUGAACAAACACUCCCUUCAAGGUUCUGAUGGUCCCGUCUCAUCUGCACCUAAAAAAAACUAAACCACAUGCAAAACACCAAGAGAAACAAAAUCUGAGGUGCUUUUUUCCAUGGCUACACUCUUUUUUCACUUUCUUGCUUUCUGUUUGUUGGGUCAUAGGUGGCUAUAUAGUUCAGUCUUUUCCAAACUGACCCAUUAGUGGGUUGUGAAAUGAAUAGUGAGUCUCAACCAACUUAAAGAUGUCAUUUUGAGGACUAUGGUGCCCUUGACCCAAGCCAUGGUAUUUUUAGUUAUCUCAUAUGCAUGCAAAAGCUGGACAAUAAAUAAGGAAGACCAAAGAAUUGAUGCCUUUGGAUUAUGGUGUUGGUGAGGAGUAUUGAAUAUACCAUGGGUGCUCCUUAGAAAGAAGGAUGGAGAGACUUUGUCGUAUGUGCUUUGGACAUGUUAGCAAGAGGGACCAGUCCCUGGAGAAGGACUUCAUGCUUAGUAAAGUAGAGGGUCAGCAAAAAAGAAGAAAACCCUCAAUGAGAUGGCUGCAACAAUGGGCUCAAAGAUAACAACAAUUGUGAGGAUGGCACAGGACUUGGCAAUGUUUCAUUCUGUUGCACAUAGGGUUGCUAUGUGUCAGAACUGACUUGAUGGCACCUAACAACAACAACCAACUUAAAAAAAAAAAAAAGACCAUAAAAUGGAGAAUGUCAGAGUGCAUCAUAAGCAGAAGGUAGGGGCAGGUAUUGUGAACCUUCUUGUUUAGUUAUGUAAAUAUGUGUGUAUCCCAGUAAAAAUGAUUUUCAUACGAUGGGCCGUGGUCAAAAAGUGUGAAAACCACUGAUCCAUUUCAGUGGUUCGAGUCAUCACAAUCAUACAGAGAAUGUGUUAAAAAAAAAAAAAUUCCAGGCCAGUUUUCACCCAGCAGAGUCAAGAAUCAAUAGUUGAAAGCACUCCAAGACAUUCUGACCAUGAACCAUUUUUCAGAUCUUCUGAUCCAGUUCAAACUCCCACCCAAAAGAGAAUCCCUUCUAGAUUAGCAAUCUAGAAGUGAUAAUGAAGCCUCUGAGUGCCUGUGUUUUCUCCUGUUCACACCAGACUUCUGCAUGAAGAGCGUGAGUCCCCUUCCCCAAAGAGCAGCACAAAGUCCGUGCCUUCGUUGGUUGCAUCUUCUUGUUAGAAACUUCUCCUGGGGGCUGAUCCAAACCCUGCUUGCCCAUAGCUUGCACCGUUGCAGGCUUUGGUUAGCUCCCUGCAAGUCUACAGAGUAAGUCUACCAAGUCUUCCACAUGGACAGUCCUUCAGAUAAUAAAAAGCAGCUUUUAUUUUCUCCUGAAGAUCUCCUUUUCUCAAGCUAAAUAAUUCCCAGGUCCUAAACUGUCCUUCAUCAGUCAUGGCAGCAACACUCUUGCUCACCCUACCUUAACAUCUCUAAACUUCUCCUGCUCAUCAACGUCCCUUUGCGAACAUGCAUCCCCCAUUGACCGGCAGGGCUGCGUAGCAUGGGGGGCUAGCGUUCCCACCUGUGCAGCCCGGCAGCUCUUUUGAGUGCCUUGUUUCCCUGUUGACUCUCGCUGACUUCGUAGCAAACCCUUUGUUGCUAUUCAAUCAGUUCUCUGAUAUCUGUGAACCCGUUUUUUUUAAAGAUACAUGCAUGCAAGCCAUCCUGUCCAAUUUCUGCCUGUCCAAUUCACCUCGAUUGUUUUGACCCAUCUUCUUCAGCCUCUUCAAUUCUUCCUCAGCCCAGCUUCUCAGCCAUGUGCCAAUUGCUUGUUUAAUAGUCUUGCCAUUAUGGCUUCUUGAAACACACUGAGGAAUGGAUUGGCUGUGGUAGAGUGCUGGAUCUCUUUCUUCUUCCUAUUCUCCUCCUUUCUCUGGAUACCCUUCUUGACACCCUCUCCUCAUGGUAAAUGGGAACAUUAAAGGCCAACUUUUGGAGAAGAGGUUCUAUGAUUGUCCUUGUCCUUUUGACCCUCAGGGUGGACCUGCAGACAUAGUACUUUUCUGUUUGUCAGAAAGAGGACGCAAUACAGUAAAUACAGUGUAAACAGCAGCAUGGGUGAGCCAUUCUGCUUCUGCCACUACUAGGGAUGUGCUCUGGGUAAGCUAGCUCGUCUCUCUGGGCCUCAGCUUCCUCAUCUGUAAAGGGGGGGUGCUUCACUAGGUGACCCGCUUUACAAAUUUCUGGUUUUACUAUUAAGUGGCAGGGAUUAGAUGACCCUCAACAACGAAUAUUAUUCUCAUGGUUAUGUUGAAGUCGAUGGGCCAUAAUCAGAUUAGGAAUUUUAAGAGUCCACUGGGUCUUUCACUAAUGCCAAAUAAUCAAGUGUUGCUUUUACUGGCUUUGGGAUACAUAAAAAACCAGUUGCUGUCGCGUUGACUCCGGCUCAUGGUGAUCCCCAAGUGUCUCAGAGUAAAACUGUGCUCCAUAGGGUUUUCAAUGACUGGUUUUUUGGAAGUAGAUCAUCAGAGCCUUCUUCUCAGGAAGAACCUCUGGCGGACUUGAGCUUCCAGCCUCUCAGUUAGCAGCCAAACCUGCUAAUCAUUUCCAUCUCGCAGGGACUGCUUGGCAACCAUGGAAAGUAAUGAACGCUACGCAUAGCAUCUAAGAAUGCCUACUUCCUGGGGAGUGCACUUACACACCGAAUAAGGGACUCUUCCUUGGUCUUUUCUCCUCACAUUUCUAUUUUACUUUACUAUCAGCCACUGAAAAAGCACCUUUUUGCCAGGAUUUACCACAAAUAGAGUAGGAGCCCUGAUGGCGUGAUAUUUAAGCACUCGGCUACUAACCAAAGAUUGGCAUUUCAAACCCACUCCAAGGCUCCAUGGGAGAAUGACCUGGCAAUCUGCUUUUAUAAAGAUUACAGCCAAGAAAUCUCUAUGAUGCAGUUCUACCCUGUCACCUGGGGUCACUAUGAGUCAGAAAUCGACUUGACGGCACCGAAAAAUAACAACAACAUUUUAGACUGAAGAGAUGUUUGUUCUAUCCCUACACCUGAAGCUUUGUGCAAAAUAAUUCCAGAUAACAGAGGAGAAGGGCAUGCUGUUCUUUCAGCCCAAUGAGAGUCUUUACUUCUUUUGUUUUUCAAGAAAUAAAUAGAUUUAAAAAAAAAAUGUUCAGCCAACACAUCUGUUUUUAGCCUCGAAGUACCUCUUUAAGAUCCAUGGCAUGAAAUUGCAGAAGGGUUUUAAAUAUUAAUAAGAUUGGGCAUUGGCUGUUUUGUGCAAGUAUUCAGGAACUCACUAAAGCUCCAGUGAACCCUAAAGAACUCAGACCCUCAUUACAGAUUUACGUUCCCUCAGGGGCCUUUCCUGGAGUGAGCACUUUCUACCUGAAGAGUGAACAAAGGACCAGUGAAAGACAUUGACGUCUCCUCAGGCAAUGUGGAUGGUCACGUCUCCCCAACGUUUUCCCAGCCCACCACAGUGUUUUCCACAUUUGCUGGUUACGUCAGCCGAGAGCGGCGCUGGUGAGGCCGAGGGUGUAGGCAUGUUCUGACACACUCAUGUGUCUUUGGUCUCAAGGGGGAUAUGGCAAGGGACAUGAGAACCUGAGAGAGAGCUCAGAAGGUUACUUCCUGCCAUGGUGAUGAAUUUUGCAGAAGCGAUGCCCCCUCAGAACAGAAUUGUCAUCAGGAAGACAAAUGAGGACAAUUUUCAGAAUUUGUCUGAGGGAGCCUACAACUUCCUCUGAAGAGAUGGGAGGGUGUGGAGAGCUUAGGAUGGUUCUGGGGCUCAUGUGGAAGAUGGCUGUGUUGAGAAGGAUCUCUGUAGACGCAGAAGGACAGAUCUGGUCUCUGGUGGGUUCUGUGUUGGUCUUUUCUAUCACUACUUUGAACUCAUCCAGUUUGUGGUGUUCUUACGACAGGAGACAGAAAUAGUUCUAUUUGCAUCAGGGACAAUUCUUACUUGACAAAGUCUGCAGUAAUAAUGUAUUAUUUGGGCAAUUUUCCCAUUCUCUCAAAUUGAGUUUUUCUUUAGCCAAAUUGAGAGUCUAAGAUGCUGUGAUCUCCCUAGGCUACACUUUUAAAAGAGCAUACUAUCCAAACACAGUAAAGGCCCAUUACCAAGCCUCUUGCUAUUCUAAAUUUAUUUCAUAAUGCAAGUAAAAUCUUGUUGGCAGCUGAAGGAGGUGUGGACGGUGCAUUUUCUUCCCCUCCACAGACUGGAGAGUGAGUAAGGUGGGUAAGAGCUUUAUUUUUUAAUGUCUAGCCUAUAAUAAAGGAGCCUGGUGGCAUACUGGCUAAGAGCUUGGCUGCUAACCAAAAAGUUGGCAGUUCAAAUCCACCAGCCACUCCUUGGAAACCUUAUGGGCAGUUCUACUCUGUCCUAUAGGAUCACUUGAGUCAGAAUUGACUCAAAAGCAAUGAGUUUGGUUUACGGGUUCUGGUGGUGAAGUGGUUAAGCGUUUAGCUGCUAACCAAAAGGUCAGCAGUUUGAACCCACCAGCCACUCUCCGGGAGAAAGAUGUUGCAGUCUGCUUCCAUAAAGAUUUACAGCGUAGAAAACCCUAUCAGGCAAUUCUAUUCUGUCCUAUAGUGUUACUAUGAGUUGGAAUUGACUCAACAGCAAGGGUUUUUUUAGUCUUUAAUAGGGCUGUACACUAACUUAUUUUCAAAAUUGGAACUCAUUUAUUUUUAAUUAAGCUCUUCUCAUUGUACAAAAUAUUGUUAUCAAAAAUACAUGUAGGUUGAAAUUAAGCCCUUGCUGAGGGUCGCUAUGAGUCAGAAUCGACUUGACGGCAACGGGUUUGGUUUUGGUGUGGUUCAACUAACAGGGGUCCCUGGGUGGGACAGACGGUUAAGUGACGGGCUGCUAACUGAAAGGUUGGCAGUUCGAGUCCACCGAGGGGCACCUCCAAAGAAAUAUCUGUCGAUCUACAACAGCCUUGAAAACCCUAUGUGGCACAGUUCUACUCUGACACACAUGGGGUCGCCACGAGUCAGUUAACUCCACAGUAACUUGUUUGGUUUGGGUAUUGAACUAGCACUUUGCAAGGACAGUAAGGAAGAGUAGGAUCAGAGUCAGGAAGCAUCCAGACUUGCUAAAGAGACACCCACACUGCUGUGUGCACUUAUUUCCUGCAUUGUCUCCUCCUUUUGACAAAAGGACCCUGUGUGCAGGCACUCACACUUAGAUAAUGGCUUUAAAAGAAUGGAUAGGAUUAAGGAUCAGAAAAGGGUUCAGACAAUAAAUGCAAUUGGAGGAGAGAAAGUCACCACAUUAAAUCAUUUGUAGGUUUCUAUAGUUUCUUUAAAACCAGAUGAUUCAAAUUCAACCCAAAUCCCUGAGGCUUUCAUGGUUGUGUGUAGUAAAUCAAUCUGUCCACCAGCUGGAAGCCACAGGCGCAUAGAGAAAUUACUUCUCACCAGCCUGGUGUACUGCAAGCUUGACUCCUUCGUGGUGGUCCUGGCAAGGGUUGGGGCUGAGGCACCACGUGCGCCUGCUAGGGGCUGAAGGUGGCGAGCGGGAGUGGACUGGGAGGGAGAGGUGAAGUGUUCAGAGCCUGGCCCGCUAGCUUGUUCGUGUUUUGCAGAAGCUCAGAUGACAGACUGUGUUGGGCAGAAUGUCACAGAGACUGGAAGCUCUCACCGUUCUUUUGGUGCCCUUUGUUAAACAGCCCUACCUUCAGGGAACUUGCUUGCUAAAUAGGAAUAGAAGAAGGGCCGAAAUGAAAAACUAAACAGCCACGUGACACCUGUGGUAGGAACACACACACGCAUUGAAAGGAAAUACCUCAAACUACUAACUGCUUGCCUUUGGAUGGCGGAGUUUUGAAUUAUUGUUCUUCCACAUUUGUUUCAUUUGCCAGAUUUUCUUGAACGAUCUCACAUUAUGUGUAUGGUGAAAAUAAUAUAAAAAGGCAGCUAUUCAAAAGACGCCACGGCCCAUCAGGCAGAUUAAAACAAAUGCCAGAAUGGUGAUACCGACAGUCAGUGGGAUGGGGCCACCGCAGAGGCGUAACUAAAGUAUGGCAGGUAGGGCGCACUUGAGGAGGUGGCGCUAACGAGCAGUUUCUAUUGGCCGACGAAGUCUCCAUCACCAGCUUGAGAGACCAUUCAGCAAUUUAAAACUAAUUGCCACAGGCGCUAUUUUCUGGAGCUAGGCCCCUGGGUCACUGUGGGCUAAAGACACCAGGAAGGCUUCUGUGGGUUGGAAAUGUGGGCUGGUUUGGAGGGGGUGUGGAGAGGUGCGGAGGGAAGGGACAUAGUUGCUGUAGGGGCCACGAGGCUCUCACCCUGGCUGAGCUCGCAGGCGAUGGCUAUGGCCCGGGUGUCGCAGUUGGGAUGGAGCACCACCCAGAGAGGGUGUCAGCACAACUAGACUUCCCUAGGAGAGGCCAGAGGCCAGCCCGUUUGGGCUUGAUAACCAAGUUUAUGUAAAUCAAGGUUGUUAUACGGAAACAGCUGGUUUCACUUUAGUUUAAUUGAAAACGAGAGACCUACAGGAGAGGGGGAGACCAGGAGGGAGGUUGGGUGGCCAAAGGGGAAAAGAGACAAGGCUUGCACUCCUGGGGUGAUGGAGUACAGGCACCCCUCAGUGAAGUGAACCUGGGCAGACAGUGGUCAGCAUCAGCUUAGCAACGAGCUUGGAAAACCAGGUUCGGGCUAGCUGAGCUGGAGCCUUCAAUGCUGGCUUUAAGUCAUGUGCUCUCCAAAUUACUUGACAAGGGUGUUUGCCCCUUACCCUCCAGUGUCUCCUGAUUUGCCUCCUCUCCCCUGACGUGGUCUUCCUGCCCAGCUUUUGGCCUGCGUUUUGGGAUCCAUCUCCUGCACACCUCUCUCUGUGGUGAGCCAGCAUCCUGCAGGGCAGUCAGUGCUGUUUGGCUCAGACUUUGGAGAACUCCGAGAAAACCUGGGUUGGGGAAGGCUACCAAGAGACAAGGCCACGGAAAAGCAGAGGAAAGCAGCCCAAGCAAACAGACCGUUGUCACUAACUGGCUUUUUUUUUUUUUUUGACAUCCAGGCCCUCUAGGGCUCUAGGAUGGGGGCUGGAGAAAAACACGAUAAACCAACCAUGGGCACUUAACCAUGGCCUGUCUGGCGCCCAUUCUGGUAGAUGAAAGCAGAAGGAAGUAAACGUAGGAACAGCUCUGAAAGAGGUGAAUAAAUAGUGCGCUCUGUUGUCAGUGCUCAGGCCAGCGCUGGUGCCCGUGUUCAUUAGACACGGAAAGGGGCUGGCGGGCGAGGGGGUAGACACAUGGAAGAGUGGAAGAGGCAGGAACUUGGAACACAAACACUGGCGUCUCUCAUCCUGGCCCUGCCAGUGGCUGACAGACCUUGGGACGAUUGGGAUGGUCUGUGGAUCUGUGGAUCCCUGUUCCCAUAUACAUGGCGUGCCAAACCAGUUCAAAUACAUCCCUGCCUCCUUCACCUCCUGGCAGCCCCAAGGCUGGUGGUGCAAGGACUAGUGGCCCCACUGGCAGGUAGGGAGACAGCAUCAGUCUUCAAUGUUCGGGCAGGAUCUGAACAGCUUCACAAUCAAGCUUCUGUUUGACAAGAGAAAAACAUUCCUUCAGGUGUCAUAGUGGAAAGCAAUGUGACAUCAGCACGAUGGAAUGAAGUUGGAAGAUGGAGCAGUAUACACAGAGGCCCAGCUUUAGGCUUUCUAAGUGUUCACCCAAUAAUCAACCCAAUAAUGCAGGCUUUCAAUCAACCACCAGGCCCUCAGCUGCUCCACCACCUGAGACAGGCUGAGGAGAUGAGAUGAGAGGGCAGUCCACCCUACCAUGGGUGCAAGGCCCCGGCCCUCAACAAUUUACCUAGAAAACACUUUCACAAUAUGAAUACGCAUUGAUUAGGCAGAGGUCUUCAGUGAACUGAAGGAGAUUCAAGACUAGGAUCCAUAUGACAAAAGUGCAUGUGUGGUGCAGGGGAGGUGACAGGAAGUGGUAUUUUAUAUAAUGAAGUCCAUGGUAAAACUUCCUGAGUUCUGAGAAGAGAUUUGCUGCCCAGGAAAAAUGGUGUGUAAAGUUGGAGCUGCUCACAUUUCUACAGCCUCUGAGAGAGAUUGUGGCCAAGGAUGAUAGGAAAGAGAGAAUGGAUAAGAUACGGUUGUGUAAACAGAAUUAAUGGGGCCCUCUUUUUUACCACUACUUUUAAAAGAAAAGCCAGUUACCGUGGAGUUCAGUUCCAACCCAUGGAGAUCUCAUGUAUGUCAGAGGAGAACUGUGCUCCACAGGGUUUUCAAUGGCUUCUUUUUCACAAGUAAAUCUCUAGACCUUUCUUCCCGAGCACUGCUGCAGGGGUUCAAACCACCAACCUUUUGGUUAGUCACUGAGUACCUAACCAUUUGCAUCACCCAGGGCUUCCUCUUAAAAGAAAAGAGGGGAAAAAUUAUAAUUAAAAAAAACCCAAACCCGUUGCCUUCAAGUCGAUUCCAACACAUAGCGACCCUAAAGGACAGAGUAGAUCUGCCCCAUAGGGUUUCCAAGGAGCACCUGGUGGAUUUGAACUGCCAACCUUCUGGUUAGCAGCCAUAGCUCUUAACCGCUAUGCCGCCAGGGUUAUAAUAAUUGGCUUUAAUUGAGCAAUUAUUAUGUCCAGGCCCUGUUUUAUGAGCAUUACAUGUAUUAGCUUGUUUAUUCCUCCCAACCACCCAGUGAGAUACUGGUGGAAAGCAAUGUGAAACCUGCGAAAGCCAGAACCUGGGUAAGACAGAAACCUGUCACAGAGUUUCAGUGUGCACUCUGUCAAAGGCAGGAACCUUGUGAGACCCGGAAAAACAAGGCAGUCCCAUCGAGUUCUGGCUCUCACAGGUUUCACUGUAUUCUCCCCAUUUUCUAGAUUAGGAAACAAAGUCACAGAGUCCAAGGUCAUCCAGCUGGUAAGCGGUAGCUGGUAAACUGACAGGGUGGCCCUAGAGUCCAGAGUCCUGGGGCCAGUAUAGCUGGCUAUGAGAGGCCUCACCCAGUUCCCCUGAGUGCUGCUCAGACAUUGUCUUUUUCCACAUGGGCUGCUCCAUAACAAAGGCAGAGGAGUUCUGGGCUGGAGCCCUACUGUGAGACCUCUGAGGGGGCACUAGCAUUGUCUUCAUUUUGAUAUCUCCUCCUGGUGUGAUGCCUGCUACUUACAGAAAGGGCACAAUGCAUAUUUAUUGAUUUGGGCUGAUUUAAUUUGGAUGUAUAAUGAAUGAAGGCGAUUAACUGAUUUCUAGAUUGUUUUUGAUAUUUGCUUUAAUGGUAAGGAUUGAAUUAUAAUUAUAAAUAAUACAUAUCACCAUACCCUCUAAUACAGGGAAAAUGAAUUAAGGUUCAAAUGAGAAUAUACAUGGGCAGGUACUCUGAAGUCACAAAAAUGAACCUUCUGGGCCUGGGGUCGGGGGUGGGGGUCUUCCUCAGUGGGGCUGUAUUUCCUUAAGGGCGCCUGGUGGUGUGAAUAUGGUUGCCAGUGAGCCCACAUUGCUCUGGGAGGUCAAGUGGAAAGACUGAGGUGGGAUAAAUGUCUCUCCGUUGACAUCAAUUUGAGGUUGUCUUUGACUCUGGGGGAUUGCUGCAGCUGGGAUAAUUAAAAUCCGUAACACUGGUUCAGGACACCUACCAGUUAAGACCUGCUACAAAGGAGCACCCACCCCAGGGGAUCCCUGUGGACUAGUUGUGGAUUGCUUGUCUUAUGCUUGUCCUUCCCUUGCUUUCAGGCAAGAGGUUAAUAAGCUGAGCAAUAGAAAAGAGACUCCAUUCUCUCUUAUAAUGCUACGCGUUCUCCUCUCCCCUACGCCCAGCCCCUGUUAGCCACUAAUCCUUUGUCUCUACUCCUUUGCAUCUUCUAGAUAUUUCCUGCAAGUGUGAUCAUACAGUAUUUGUCCUUUUGUAGCUGACUUAUUUCAGCUUACUGUUUUCAAGGUUCAUCCAUGCAUCGGGACUUUGUUUCUCAUUAUGGCUGAGUAGAACUCCGUUCUAUCUUUGUACCACAUUUUGUGGAUCCAUUCAUGUGUUCCUGGACACCUGGGUUGUCUCCACCUUCUGGCCAUUGUGAACAGCACUGCAGGGUAACCAUUCUUUUGAUUUGUAUGCUUUUUCACAUUGUUUUAUACUUUGCCUGUCUCUCUACACUCAGUUUAGCACCUUCUUAGGGCAGGUACUUUGACUUAUUGUAAUAUGAAUACUGUUCCCUAAAAAAGGCAAGGGAAAAACCCUGGUGGUGUAGUGGUUAAGUGCUAAGACUGCUAACCAAAAGGUCGGCAGUUCAAAUCCACCAGGCACUCCUUGGGAACCCUAUGGCGCAGUUCUGCUCUCCUAUAGGACCACUAUCAGUCGGAAUUGACUCAACGGCAAUGGGUUUAGAAAGGCAACGCUUACUCUAGACACACGUUUUCUCAUGUAGUGUUCACAGCAGCCCUGGGGGUGAGCUUCGUCGGUACUACUACCCCAAUUUUACUAAGGAGGCCCCGGAGCUGGGUAGUAGUAGAGUCUGGUCCCCAGCCCAGGUAUCUUAGGUCCCAAAUCACCUCAUGCUGUCUGAUCCUGUGUUCUUUUCUAUAUCCCUCACAGUGUCAGAGAAUGCUUAAACUCAGUAAAAAUCUGCUUAAAUAAUGCUUUCAAAACCUGCUUUUAGCUUUCCUUUAUUGUGUUAGUGGAGCCCUGGUCGCGCAAUGAUUAAGAGCACGGCUGCCAAUCAGAAGAUCGGCUGUUCAAAUCCACCAGCCACUCCUUGGAAACCCUAUGGGGCAGUUCUACUCUGUCCUAUAGGGUCGCCAUGAGUCAGAAUCGACUCGAUGGCAGCAGGUUUAGGUUUUUGGUAUUGUGCUAAUAGGGUUCCAUGGAAAAUGACUGGACUAGAGGUCCAGAAGUUCUUUGUACUGAACUGUAACAGCUGAGCUGCUAACCAACUGUGUGACCUUUCCAAAGCCAAGCCCCCUUACUACCCUCAGGGGGCAUGGCCUCUAGGGAAGGAGACAGAGGAGCAAUGCAUGAGGACAAGAAAGUGUCUUAGGUGCUCCCUAACCACCACAGAGAAAGUUAACUGCCCUCCCUAGAAUGUAACCAUUUCUGAACUUCUCCUUUAACUUCUGGACCACCUAUGACAUACACCUUCCCACUGACUGUCUUCAUUAAACCCUUCCUCCAGUCCUGCCCCAGUCCCCCACUGUGUGGCCCAUUCUCUACCUGGCAGCUGGCUGCCCAGAGCACCUCCAGCUCAGGUCUGUGCUUACCAAGAGGCAAGAGCCGCUCUUUAAUAGAGAUGUGCGAGCUGAUCCCCCAGCUUGUGUUGCUAAGCAGCUGGCUUCUGGUUGCCUGGAGAUUAUCAUGGAGUGGAGACUGCACAGUGCAAAUGUGUGUAUCUUAUCCAGGUCCGGGAUGUGCUUGAACGCUUAAGAGCCACAAAACCCUUCUAUUGCAGCUCUGAUUUUAUGUCAAAUCCCUGUAACUUGAGGGUAUACCCUUCACGUAUUAAAAAAAAAAAAGGAAAGAAUAAAUGCACAGAAGAUCAUGUUCUGAUAUCCCCGGGUUUACAGGGCUCCAUUCUUUCUUCAGGAUGUAAGGAGGGAGAAAAUACCACACACCUUCUGUUAAAGCAGGACAAAGGAGAGAAACGGAAAUUGAGCCUUUGUGUUCAUAAUAGAGGGGAGGAAAAUUGUGUUUUGAAUUUUCCUCAGAAUGACUAUUUAUUUCUGUGGGGCAGAGGGGAGGGAUAAUUAAAGGAGUAGUACUCAUUCAGUGGAGAACAUUCCAGAAAGUUCCAGUGCGAGAGGCUGUGGCACUAAAAAUCUUUUAGAAAAUGCAGAAAUUAUAGGUCCCAGAACCCCUGGGCUGAUAUUUUAACAUAUUUACCUCUUUUUGAAGUUCUGAUAGCUUUCAGAGCUGGAGAUAGGAGGGCUGGAUAAUUUGGGAGGAUUUAACAAGUCAUUUUGGAGACAGGUGUGUGUGGGUGCCCAGAAUAGUACCUGGUGGAGAAAGCCAUCCACCCAACUCUCUGAGGCUCACAGGGUGGUAUCUGGGGAUCUGACCCCAGAGGGGUCCAUAUGUGACUCUGGUCUGUAAAUCGUCAUUUUCAGACCAACCAUGGAGGUACAGGAGCCUGGGUGGCACGGUGGUUAAGAACUCAGCUGCUAACCAAAAGAUCGACAGUUCGAAUCCACCAGGCACUCCUUGGAAACCCUAUGGGGCCGUUCUAAUCUGGCCUAUAGGGUCACCGUGAAUCGGAACCGACUUGAUAGCACCUAACAGCAACAGCAGCAAUGGAGGUACAAUGGAGCCCAGGAAUACUUUCAGUUUCUACCAAACAGCCUAGGUUGGUUUUGGUUGCUUUUACUAUGUUCUCAGCCCUGUUGUAGGUGCUGCUGUAGAUAAAAGAAUAUUAAAAAGCAGUUACUGUACUGUCAAGUUGACUCCAACUCCUGGUGACCCUAUGUGUUUACAAAUAGAACUAUGCUGCAUAGGGUUUUCAGUGGCUGUGACCUUUUGGAAGUAGAUCACCGGCCUUUCUUCCAAGGUACCUCUGGGCAGACUUGAACCUCCAACCUCCAGUUAGCAGCCAAGCACACUAACUGUUUGCACCACCCAGGGGCUCCCAGAGAGGUAUAAAACGGAUAAUUUCAGCCCCCAAACUAGUUGAGAAGAUCCCUGUAAAGCCAUGUAGGCUAGUGAGUAAUUAAGUGCUGACUUCUGUAUCACAGACUUUGUGCUGGAGGGGUUCAGAGCAGGGAGUCAUGUCUCAGGCUUCAAGGGGAAGGGGAAGGCUCCGUGGAGGUGGGCUGGGGCUGUUUUCUAUAGCAGAGGGAAGACCCGUUGCCAUUGAGUAGACUUAGAGGAAAUUCCAGUCAGGGAGAGCCUUAUAAGCAAAGGUGAAGUGGUUGGAGUGAGUUUGGCAUGUAAUAGGAGCGAGCAAAAACCAUGCUGACCUGAGCUGAAUGUUCUUUGGUGCAAUGGGUAGUAGGAAAAAAAAAAAAAAAAAUUUUUUUUUUUUUUUUUUUUUAAAUAGGGAAGGAGGGGUUAUUAUAAGUUUUGAGAGGAGUGGCCAGAAUAAAUCAACAUUGAAACAGGAGUUUGCUUUGUCCUAGGCUCUCUGGGUGCUGCCGACAGUUAAGUGCUCAACUACUAACCAAAACGUUGAUGGUUUUGAACCCACCCCAGAGGUGCCUCGAAAGAAGGGCCUGGGAAUCUGCUUCCAAAAUAUCAUAGCUUUGAAAACCCUAUGGAGUGCAGUUCUACUCUGUACCAUAUGGGGUCACCAUGAGUCAGAAUCGACUUAUCAGCAACUGGUUUGGUUUUCGUUUUAGGCUCCUUGGAGAUAUUCAGGGAGAAGAGGAGAGAGCAAGAGUUCUCCCUCCGCAAGCCUUGACUCCCAGAACACCAGCGGACCCAACGCACAGGGCCACGCUUUCCCUUCUCCUCCUGUGGAUUAAGACUGUCCAGAACUUCCACAGAAACCUCUCCUUGUGGGCGAGGAGAGGGCAGUAGAAGCCACCGUUCAUCCCUGGCCUGGCCACUUAGUUGCUAAGUAAUUCAUUUCUUGAUCUUUGUAACAAAGGGAAGCAAACAUAUUUUUGUUUGAGGAGAGGUAAGACAAACACAUGCAUUGCCAGAAGGAAGAAAUCCUCAGGCCAAACUGGAGGCUUUCUUGACCAGGCCAGUGGUUUUUAAAUAGGAAGAUGAAGAGCUGAAGGCAGGGGAGACCUUAAGAAAACAAUGAUCCUUGGGGUCUGUUGAAAGGAAGCAUUCUCCACUGUACGUGGGUGUUCUAUGGAAGUAGGAGAGCAGAGAGGCUGGGAAUGCAGGCUUCUGAGCCAGAUGGAAUCCAGGCUCUGCCACUUCCUAGCAGGGGGCCUUGGAAUUGUUAUUUAACUCAUCAGGGAAUUGAAGGUGCCCACCUCCCCACUUCAUUGGGCUGUUGUGGUGCUUAAAGGGACUACCACACAUAGUGUUUGGAACAGUGCUUGGAAAAGAGUUAUGUACUCCGCAAAUGUUUGAGGUGCUGCUGUCAUAUUACUGGCCUCAGACACAAUGUUGAGACAAAUGAGCACUUUAGCAUAUACUGGUUACAGCAACAAGUUCCACAGAAAUGAACUUUUUGGAGAAGUGAGACUGAAUGCCGAAUUUGGACUGAGGGCAGGUAUGGUGGGGAGUCCCUGGGUGAUGCAAACAGUUAAGCACUUGGCUAUUAACUGAAAUGUUGGAGGUUCUAACCCACCCAGUGGGUACCUCAGAAGAAAGUCUUGGCAAUCUGCUUCAGAAAAGUCACAGCCACAAAGACACUAUGGAGUACAGCUCUACACUGAAAACACCUGGGGUUGCUGUGAGUUGGAUGGAAUCAACUUGAUGGCCACCAGUUGCUGGUUAUGGUGAAGGGCAUGGGCAGAGAGCAAGCAGCAAAGCUCUGGGUGUCUCAGGCUCGCCAGCCAGCUGGGGUGUGGCCAGCUCUGAAUCCAGAAGACCAAGAGACCAGCCUGAGGGCCCAUGGCAGCCAGGGCUCAGUGAGGGAAAACCAAGGAACACCAGAGAGGGUCAGGGCAGGUGAUGCUGGGCAAGGUAAAAAGCUCUAUUGAAAUAUAACUUGUUGCUGUUAGGUGCCAUCAAGUCAGUUCUGACUCGUAGUGACUAUAUGUACCACAGAAUGAAACACUGCCCAGUCCUGUACCAUUCUCAUAAUCAUUGUUAUGCUUAAGCCCAUUGUUGCAGCCACUGUGUCAAUCCAUCUUAUUGAUGGUCUUCCUCUUUUUCGCUGACCCUCUACUUUACCAAGCAUGAUGUCCUUCUCCAGGGACUGAUCCCUCCUGACAACAUGUCCAAAGUAUGUGAGAGGUAGUCUCACCAUCCUUGUUUCUAAGGAGCACUCUGGCUCUACUUCUUCCAAGACUGAUAUGUUUGUUCUUUUGGCAGUCCAUGGUAUAUUCAAUAUUGUACUCCAACACCACAGUUCAAAGGUGUCAAUUCUUCUUCAAUCUUCCUUAUUCAUCAUCCAGCUUUCACAUGCAUAGGAGGUGAUUGAAAAUACCAUGGCUUGGGUCAGGCGCACCUUAGUCUUCAAGGUGUCAUCUUUGCUUUCCAACACUUUAGAGAGGUCUUUUGCAGCAGAUUUGCCCAAUGCAAUGAGUCUUUUGAUUUCUUGACUGCUGCUUCCAUAGGUAUUGAUUGUGGAUCCAAGUAAAAUGAAAUCCUUGACAUCUUCAAUCUUUUCCCUGUUUAUCAUGAUGUUGCUUAUUGGUCCAGUUGUGAGGAUUUUUGUUUUCUUUAUGUUGAGGUAUAAUCCAUACAAAAGGCUGUGGUCUUUGAUCUUCAUCAGUAAGUGCUUCAAGUCUUCUUCACUUUCAACAAGCAAAGUUGUGUCAUCUGCAUAAUGAAGAUUGUUAAUAAGUCUUCCUUCAAUCCUGAUGCCCCGUUCUUCAUAUAGUCUAGCUUCCUGGAUUAGCUGCUCAACAUACAGACUGAAUAGGUAUGGUGAAAGGAUACCUUUCCUGACUUUAAACCAUGCGGUAUUCCCUUGUUCUGUUCGAACGACUGCCUCUUGAUCUAUGUCCAGGCUCCUCAUGAGCUCAAUUAAGUGUUCUGGAAUGCCCGUUCUUCACAAUGUUAUCCAUAAUUUGUUAUGAUUCACACAGUUGAAUGCCUUUGCAUAGUCAAUAAAACAGAGGUGAACACCUUCCUGAUGUUUUCUGCUUUCAGCCAGGAUCCAUUUGACAUCAACAAUGAAAUUCCUGAUUCCACAUCCUCUUCUGAAGCUGGCUUGAAUUUUUGGCAGUUCCCUGUCGAUAUACUGCUGCAGCAGAUUUUGAAUGAUCUUCAGCAAAAUUUUGCUUGCGUGUGAUAUUAAUGAUAUUGUUCAAUAAUUUCCACAUUUGGCGGGAUCACCUUUCCUGGAAAUAGGCAUAAAUAUGGAUUUCGUCCAGUAGAAUGGCCAGUAGCUGCCUUCCAAAUUUCUUGGCAUAGACGAGUGAGUCCUUUCAGCGCUGCAUCUGUUUUUGAAACAUCUCAGUUGGUAUUCCGUCAAUUCCUGGGGCCUUGUUUUUCACCAAUGCCUUCAGUGCAUCUUGGACUUCUUCCUUCAGUACCAUUGGUUCCUACUCAUACGGUACCUCCUGAAAUAAUUGAAUGUCGACCAGUUCUUUUUGGUAUAGUGACUGUGCGUAUUCCUUCCAUCUUCUUUUGAUGCUUCUUGAGUGGUUUAAUAUUUUCCCCAUAGAAUCCUUCAGUAUCGCAACUGGAGGCCUUAGUUUUUUCUUCAGUUCUUCCUGCUUGAGAAAUGCAGAACGUGUUCUUCCCUUCUGGUUUUCCAUCUCCAGGUCUUGGCACAAGUCAUCAUAACACUGUACUUUGCCUUCUUGAGCUGCCGUUUGAAAUCUUCUGUUCAUUGCUUACUUCAUCAUUUUUCCUUUCGCUUUAGCUACUUGAAGUUCAAGAGCAAGUUUCAGUGGCUCUUCUGACAUCCAUGUUGGUCUUUUCUUUCUUUCCUGCCUUUUUUAAUGACCUUUUGCUUUCUUCAUGUAUGAUGUCCUUGAUGUCAUUCCACAACCCAUCUGGUCUUCGGUCGUUGGUGUUCAACGCGUCAAAUCUAUUCUUGAGAUGACCUCUAAAUUCAGGUGGAAUAUCCUCAAGGUCAUACUUUGGCUCUCAUCAACUUAUUCUCAUUUCCUUCAGUUUUAACUUGAACUUGCAUAUGAGCGAUUGAUGGUCUGUUCUGCAGUCAGCCCCUCGCCUUGUUCUGACUGAUGAUAUUGAGCUCUUCCAUCAUCUCGUCCCACAGAUGUAGUCUAUUCGGUUCCUGUGUAUUCAGUCUGGCAAAGCCCAUGUGUAUAGUGGCCAUUUAUGUUGGUGAAAAAGGGUGUUUGCAAUGACGAAGUCGCUGGUCUUGCAAAAUUCUAUCAUGCAAUUUCUGGCAUUGUUUCUAUCACCAAGACCAUGUUUUCCAACUACCAAUCCUUGUUUCCAACUUCCGCAUUCCAAUCUGCAGUAAUUAUUAAUGCAUCCUGAUUGCAUGUUCAAUCAAUUUUAGACUGCAGAAAUUGGUAAAAAUUUUCGAUUUCUUCAUCUUUGGCCUUAGUAGUUGGUGAGUAAAUUUGAAUAAUAAUUGUAUUAACUGGUCUUCCUUGUAGUCGUAUGGAUAUUAUCAUCACUGACAGCGUGAAAAUUCAGGGUAGAUCUUGAAAUGUUCUUUUCAAUGAUGAAUGCAAUGCAUUUCCUUUUCAAGUCGUUUUUUGUUCCUGGCAUAGUAGACCAUAUGAUUGUCCGAUUUGAAAUGACCAGUACUAGUCCUUUUCGGCUCACUAAUGCCUAGGAUAUCAACGUUUAUGCAUUCCAUUUCAUUUUUGAUGACUUCCAAUUUUCCUGGAUUCAUACUUCGUACAUUCCAUGUUCUGGUUAUAAAUGGAUAUUUGCAACUGUUUCAUCUCAUUUUGAGUUGUGCCACAUCAGCAAAUGAAGGUCCUGAAAGCUUGACUCCAUUCACAUCAUUAAGAUCGUCAACUCUACUUUGAGGAGGCAACUCUUCCCCAGUUGUAAUGGAUUGAAUUGUGCCCCCCCAAAAUUUGUGUCAACUUGGUUAGGCCGUGUGUGGUUGUCCUCCAUUUUGUGAUUUUCCUAUGCGUUGUAAAUCAUAAUCUCUGCCUGUGGUUAAAAGAAUUAGGGUGGGAUAUAAAACUCUUGCUCAGGUCACUUCCCUGAUCCAAUGUAAAGGGAGUUUCCCUGGGGUGUGGCCUGCACCACCUUUUAUCUCUCAAGAGAUAAAAAGGAAGGGGAAGAGAGCAAUAGGGGGUGGGAGGGAGCCUCGUACCACCAAGAAGGCAACGCCAGGAGCAGAGCCCCUCCUUUGGACCCAAGGUUCUUGUGCUGAGAUGCUCCCAGACCAAGGGAAGACUGAUGCAUCACAAGGACCUUCAUUCAGAGCCAACAGAGAGAGAAAGCCCUCCCCUGGAGCUGGCGCCCUGAAUUCAGACUUCUAGCCUACGGCACUGUGAGAAAAUAAAUUUCUGUUUGUUAAAACCAUCCACUUGUGGUAUUUCUGUUAUAGCAGCACUAGAUGACUAAGACACCAGUCAUAUUUUGAGUGCCUUCCAACCUGAGGGGCUCAUCUUCUGGUACUAUAUCAAACAGUGUUCUCCUGCUGUUCAUAAAGUUUUCACUGACUAAAUCUUUUCUGACAUAGACAGCCAGGUCCUUCUUUUGUCUGUCUUAAUCUGGAAAUUCUGCUGAAACCUGCCUGCCAUGGGUGACCCUGCUGGUGUUUGAAUACUGGCCGCAUAGCUUCCAUAAUCAUAGCAACACCCAAGCUCCCAAAGUAGGACAAACUGACAGAGACAUGGGGAGGGGGAUAUAACUUAAAAAGUAACUUACAUACUAUAUAAUUCACUCAUUUAAAGUGUAAUAAUUCAAUGUUUUAGCAUAUUCACAGAUAUGGGCAACCAACACCAUAAUCAAUUUUAGAACAUUUUUAUCACCUCUACAAGAAACUCUGUACCCAUUAGCUAUCAGUUCCUAUAUCCACCCCACCCCAAGCAACCACUAAUCUGCUUUCUGUCUGUAAUUUCCCUAAUAAAAAAAAAAAAUAGAUUCCCUAAAUGGAAUUUUAUACUAUGUUGUCUUUUUUGACUAGCUUCUUUUACUUAACAUAAUAUUUUCAAGGUUCAUCCAUGUCGUAGCAUGUGUCAGUACUUCAUUCCUGUUUAUGGCUGAGUAAUAUUCCAGUGUAUGGAUAUAUACCACAUUUUGUUUAUCCAUUCAUCUGUUGCUGGGUAUUUAAGUUGUUUCAACCUGUUGGCUAUUUGUGAAUAAUGCUGCCAUGAACAUUUGUGUACAAGUAUUUGUUUGAACACCUGUUUUCAAUUCUCUUGGGUAUAUAUGUAGGAGGAGAAUUGCUGGUUCAUAUGGUAGUUACGAUAGUCCUGUGUUUAACUUAUUGAGGAAGUACCAAACUGUUCUCCACAGUGGCAGCACCAUUUUAUAUUUCCACUAGCAAUAUAUAAGGGUUCUAACUUCUCCACGGCCUCACCAACACUUGUUGUUUUCUGUUUGGGAUGUUUGUUUAUUUUGUUUUUGGAGCCACCCUAGUGAGUACAAAGUGGAAUCUCACUGUGGUUUUGAUUUGCAUUUCCCCCAUGACUAAUGAUAUUGAGCAUCUCUUCAUGUGUAUGUCUUCGCCAUUUGCAUAUCUUCUUUGAAAAAAUGUUUAGUCAAGCCCUGUGUCCAUGUUUUAAUUGGGAUGGUUGUCUUCUUUUCGUUUAAAGAGUUCUUUAUAUAUUCUGGAUACCAGAUCCUUAUCAGAUAUAUGGGUAAGGUAUUUGAAAGUAUCCAGCCCUGCCUCAAGGGUCAGCUUGCUAAGUUCUUAAAGUAGGGAGAGAGACCUUGGAGCCUGACAUCCAGCAACCAGGACUUGAGGACUAUUCUUUAGGAAGUCCAGUUACUCUUUUCUGAGACUUGUGGCUUAUACUGAAAGGUGAGGAUUUUUUCCCUUCCCUUUCCCUAUGAGCAGUUUGUCCUGAUACGUAUUUCACCUGCCUUCUCUAAGCACCUUGCAUUUAUAUUAUUAAUUAUUAUCAGCAAGUAUUUCCCGUGUACCUAACACACAGCCAGCUAGAGCAAAGGGCCCAAGGGAGAAUUCUGAAGCAUAUAAGCUCAGGGAACUCCCAGGCUGGUACAGGAUCCCUUGGCCCGAGGUUCCUCUGGUAAAUGCUAAGAUCUGUGAUAUCCAUGACAGAAGGCUGCGGUCAGUCAUUGUGGGCUGGGAAAACCUGGGCAGACUUCCAGCCACAGGUGGGCCUUCAGCUAGGACUUAAAGGUUUUACAUCAGCAGUGAUGGAGCAAACAUCCUGGUCAAGACGCAGGGAUACCCUGGGUAGGGUUCAGUGGGGAGGCAAGGCUAUUUAUAAUUUAGGUGGGUGGAAUCAUAUUGGGAGAAUUCAGUGGGACAGAAUACUAGAAGCCCCGGUGCCAUCCCCUUGUGGUUGGGAGUUUCUAGAAGAAUAUCGUGCCACUUUCUCUUAACAUCUCAGGAAACUGGGCACUUGCAUCUCCCAGACUUCUGCAGUAUAAAUAACUAAGAAAUUUUGAGAGAUGACAAGGUUGGCAGGCAUAAAUUUUCAGCCUGCUGCUCAGCAGCCACGGAGUUCGCUGCAAUGAUAUGCAUGGAAACUUGUCUGGCUAAUUUUGAAUCUUUUCUCCAGGGCCCUCGCCGGGGCUGUGUGUGGUGGAGGGGCCUGGAAUCUCCUCCUCGUUUCAGGGCAACCACCAUACAUAACCACAUUCUUCAAAGUAAAGCCUGUGACAAAUAAAUUUCCAUUAAUCAGCAAGUCAGAAAGGAACUAUUGAAACCAAUGAGUUAUGUGAGAGCCUACGUCCUAACAACCCUUUGUGGUGAUGGUGGUUGUGGUGGUAGUGGUGGUGGCGAUAGAGAUAGUAGUGGUGAUGAUGGUAACGGGUGAUGAUCAUGAUGGUGGUGGUAAUGAUGAUGGUAGUGGUGAUGUUGGUGGCAGUGAUGGUGGUGGUGGCAAUUAAGGUGGUGACAGUAGUGGUAGUGGCAGUGGUGGAGGUGAUGGUGAUGGUAAUGAUGGUAGUAAUGAUGGUGGUGGUGAUGCUGGUGGUGGUAAUGAUGGUGAUGAUGAUGGAAGCGGUGAUGAUGGUGGCAGUGAUGGUGGUGGUGGCAACGGUGGUGGUGACAGUAGUGGCAGUGGUGGGGGUGAUGGUGAUGGUGGUGGUAAUGAUGGUAAUGAUAAUGGUAGUGGUGAUGAUGGUGGCGGUGGCAAUGAUACUGGUGGUGAUGCCAAUGAUGGUGAUGAUGCUGGUGGUGGUAAUUAUGGUAAUGACAAUUGGUGGGAGUGGUGAUGAUGGUGGUGGUGGCAUGACGAUGAUGGCGGCAAUGGUGGUGGUGAUGGUAGUGGUGAUUGUGAUGAUGAUGGUAAUGAUGGUGAUGAUGAUGGUAGUGGAGGUGGUGACGGCGAUGGUGGCAGUGAUGCUGAUGGAGGUGGUGAUAUGUGGCGAUGGUGGUGGUUACAGCGAUGGUUGUAAUGAUGGUAGUGAUGAUGGUAGUGGUGGCAAUAGUGGUGGUAACAAUGUUGGUGGUGGUGGUGGUGCUAGUAGAGACAGAAGUCAUAGUUAUGGCAAUGGUGAAGGUGGUGGUGAUGGUGGUUGUGAUGAUGGGAGUGGUGGUGGUGGUCACAAUGAUGACGAUGGUCAUGGUGGCAGUGGUGGAGGUGGUGGUGAUGGUGGCAGUGAUGAUGGUGGCAGUAGUGGCGGGGGCAGUGGUGGAGAUGGUGGUGACGGUGGUGGUAGCGAUGCUGAUGGAGGUGGUGAUAUGUGGUGAUGGUAGCGGUGGUGGUUAUAAUGAUGGCAGUGGUGGUGAUGACGGUGGUGGUGGUGACAGUGGUGGUGGUAUUGAUGGUGGUGGUGGCGCUAGUCGAGGCAGAGGUGAUAGUUACGGCCAUGGUGAUGGUGGUGAUGAUGGGAGUGGUGACAGUGGUGGGGGUAGUGGAGGUGAUGAUGGUGGUUACGAAGAUGAUGAUGGAGGGGAGUUUGUACUUGCACGGUACUGACAGAUUGCAAAAUUCCUUCAUACAGUCAGUUCAUCUUAUUUGCGCCUGAACAAAAUUAUGAGGCAGACAGGGCGGAUAUUGUUAUGUUCAGUUGAAAGAUGGAGGCUGAGAUUCAGAAGGACUUGUAAGCCGUGCGUUCUUUGAUCACACUGCUAUGCCUCUUGUCAGUGAGUGUCAAAUGAGUGGCACAGACAGCCGUGACUAAAGGUGUUCAGAGGAGAGCAGGGCUGCCGUGGGCCAGAGAACCCAGGAAGGGUUGCUGUGAGCAGAAUUUGGGCUUAGAAGGAUAGACUGCCAAGUAGGACAGUCAAGGGAGGGUAUUAAUGUGCAUUUGAGUGUCUCUAAGUGUAUGUAUUGGGGAGUGUUGUCAGAGAAAAGGGGGAUUAAAAAGUAAAGACAUAGGUUACAAACUACCAAAUGUAGGUGGAUUUUCCUGGUAUUGGAACAUAGUAAAGGAAGGAAACUAGUAGUCAUCCACUCUUUGGACGUGCCAGGCCCCGUGCUGGGCGCUUGCACAUACAUCAUUUCACUUUAUCCUCACAGCCUCCUUGUGAAGCAGGUAUCAUUAUCUCCACUUCACAGAGUUAAAAACUGAUGCAGAGCGGGAAUGAACCCUUCCCUCAAGGUCACAUAGUAAAGCCAUGUGAAUCCAGGUUUGUCUAAACCCCAGACGCCAUAAUGUCCUAUAGUAGCCCAGUGCUCAGUCGGGCCCCUGGCAUAUGGAACACCAGUCAUUAAUGCCGGCCCAAAGCUGUGCAGCCUGGCCCAUGUUACCCAGUUCUGAAGGUCAGAGGGAGGGGCGCCAUCUCCAGAAUUGUAAAUCAGGAGGUCAGACUUGCCUCAUAAAGGCUGGUACUGUACCAUCUCCUGCAGUGGAUUUGGGUAUUUGUCUUCCCAUUAAAUAGGUAAGCAUGUACCUACUCAUUGGCAACGUUUGCUGACAAUACAGCUUUUCUUUAGCUUGAGAAAGACUUUUUCAUAGUGACUUCAGAUAGUCUUUGAGAUAUCCAAUGCUUCAUUCAGAUGUGUGCCUUCUGAGGUAACUGUUGCUUAUUGUAUAACCCUUACUAUCUUGGACGCAGGAGAGUUGGGAGGACCAGGUAAUGGUGAAGAAUCCUAGUGUAGGUAGGCUUACCUGUUCAUGAGCCAAGGCCCUUGGGAAGGCUGCCUGGCUUUUUUUGUAUGUCCCCUCUCACCUUCUUCUAGGUUGCUGUAGUCUCUGGUGGUGUAAGUAACUGGUUCUAGAAGGACUUAGCCUAUAUUGGGACCUCUCGAAGGAGGUGGUUUAGCUCCAGUGACCUCUGCAAAUUUUGCCUGAGGUAGGUGAUCAUGGAUUAUGGUUCAGAUGCAUAACAAAAAAGCUUUGCAUUUGAAUAUAACUUUAUCAUUCCCUGGCCAUAGUCCACUUCAGUCCCUCAGUACUCCUGUGUGUAGAAGAACCCAUUGCCUUCAUCAAGUCGAUUCUGAUUCAUGGCGACCCUGUGUGUUUUAUAGUAGAAUGUGCUCCAUAGAGUUUUCAAUGGCUGUAAUCUUACGGAAAUAGACCACCAGGCCUGUCUCCCGUGGCGCCACUGGGUGGAUUCAAACCACCAUUCUUCCAGCCAGUAGUGGAGCACAAACUGUUUGUGCCACCCAGGGAACUGUGUAUAGAAGAGAGGGCAGGUAUAUUUUUUUUUAUUGUACCUUAGAUGAAGGGUUACAGAGCAAAUUAGUUUCUCAUUAAACAACUAACACACAUAUUGUUUUGUGACAUUGGUUGCCAACCCUAUGACAUGUCAACACUCUCCCUUCUCGACCUUGAGUUCCCUGUUACCAGCUUUCCUGUCCCCUCCUGCCUUCUAUCCCUUGCCCCUGGGCUGGUGUGCCCAUUUAGUCUCUUGUUUUAUGGACCUGUCUAAUCUUUGGCUGAAAGCUGAAUGUCAGGAGUGAUUUCAGUACUGGGUUAAAAGGGCAUCUGAGGGCCAUAUUCUCAGGGUUUCUCCAGUCUCUGUGAGACCACUAAGUCUGGUCUUUUUUUGUGAAUCUGAAUUUUGUUCUAAAUUUUUCUCCAGCUCUGUCCAGGACCCUCUAUUGUGAUCCCUGGCAGGGCAGUUGGUGGUGGUAGCCGGGCACCAUCCAGUUGUUCCAGGCUCAGUCUGGUGGAGGCUGUGGUAGUUGUGGUGAGAGGGCAGGUAUAUUUUUAACAGGAAGAUGCUGCUGCUGAGAGAGGUGAAGCACCUUCUCUAGAGCUGCAAAGGGUGAGUGCGGAGAUGGGGUGAGGGCAGGUUUCCUCAGUCCACUUCAGGCUUUUUCCUGCCUCCCACCAAUGGUCCUGAUAAGCAUUUUUCCUGGAAAGGCCUGCAACUUGAGAAAGUACUAUAAGCACAGGGAUUAGACUCUUCUGCAGAUGAUGGAGGCCCUGGAGCAUUAUGGAGGUGAGGCCCACACCUCAGUGGCUCAGCCGCAGGGGGGUAUCAGGGGCUUCUCUGGGACUGCUUAGCUCCACCUGCCUUUGAGCUGUGAUUCUUGUGUGCUUGUUGUAGGCGGAGCAGCCCUUUCCAUAUGCCUUGCAGAUCAAUUUGGGAUUGUGUGUUCUGUUGCUUUCCCCUUUUAGAAGGGAUGGAUUUAGCCCUGGUAUGCCAAAUACAAACCCUCACUUCAUCUGAGAGCUCUUUCCGUCCACCCUCCUCAGGCAGGCUAUUUACAGACUCGGUGUGAUCUCCUCGUCAUUUCACCACGCGGGGUCGUCCGCCAGUGAAUGAAAGUGAGGAAAGGCCCCAAGCCAGCGAGCUCGGGCAGAUGAGCCUUACAUAACACGUGCUAAAAAUACGCAGCCAAUUGGGAUGGAAACGUGAAAAACGAGCCAUGCUUCAGCCUGAGUCUGAGGUACCAGAGAGUAACAGGGGAGCCAUUUCUCCCAGCUGAAGAUGUCGGUAGAUAAGUCACUUACUCUUGUUUGCACGCUCCAUUUUUGUGGCCUUUUACAACAACGUAUAUGUCUGUUCCAUUCCCGCUCAUCCCCCCACAGGACUGAAUUUAGGCAGCAGAAGCCAGGACAAAAUGAGCAUCGAAGACAAGGUGCAGAGAACUGCUGCCCCUUGAGGGCAGAAGGACAGUGUCUAGUUGGGUGGCCAGAUGUUGAGAUGGUAAAUAAAGCUCUCAUUUCUAACUUCUCCAAAAGCCAAACACUUAGAAGACUCAAGUUAUCAAAAUAUUGUUCUUUCUGCCCUGGAAAUUGGUUAACAUUAGGGCUUUAUUAAAGACCGUAGAGAAUGCUGUUGUCUUCCAGCUUCAUCCCCAUCUUCCCCACUCCAUCAAGUCCCCCCUCUCCUCCUCUUGCGCCUUCCAGCUCUCUUUUUCUCUUGGCUUCCUGCCCUCUGCCUACAGGCUGCUCAGACCUCCCUAAUAGCACAGUGUUGUGUGUGAUGAGAGUCUGGUGUCUGGAUGUGCCAUAGACAAUGUGCAACAUGAGGGCAGGUCCUGCUCUCACCCGCCAUUGUGUUUCCCCAAUGCCCAGCAUAGUGCUUGGGCCAAGAUGAGCACCAGGUCCUUGCUCAUUGAAGCAACAAAUGCGCAACCCAGAGGUGACGUGCUAGGGUUUCUGAGAAAUACAGUUGAGAGAUGAACCUGGCUCUCAUCAUUCAAGUCUGACGUUGGUCUCCUAUGGCACUCAGAAGACACUUCCACGCAACUCAUCGGUCACCUGAUUGUUGUUCUGUGUGAUACUCCAUGAUGAAGGCACAAAGGGUCUAAAGAUAGCUGCACCAGAUUGUCAUGGAGUGAAUUAGAAGUAGAGGGAGGUGAACAUCAGUGUUAGAGAAUCAUAGGUCGAGAAGAUGCUUGGAGACGACCUGGAACUACUUCACAGUUAAAAAAAGAUGAAGAAACAGGGAGCCUAGGGUAUCGAGAAAGUUUGACCUCAAUUACAAGGUUAGUUAGCGUCAGAUCCAGGACUCUGCCUGGUGCCUCACGGAGACGCUCAGUAAAUCCUACAAACCUACACACAGAACGUCUCCCAAAUCCUAGUUCAGAGCCCUUGCCAGACACCCCCUGUCCUCGCUGCUGAGGAUGGCAGCAGCCAUGGAUCCAUGACACAAGGCAGCCUUCCCACACACGGAGCUCCAAGGAGGCUCCCUCUGCCCACCUUCCGGCUUGAACGCCUGCGUUUAGACUGUGUGGACAGCAAGGCACUUGCAGUUACUCCGUAACGAACUUUGCUGCCUCAUGGCUGGGGAACAAAUCACCACCACGCUCACGGCUUAUUCCAUCUAGAAUCCACUUAAUGCGUCUAUCUGUGGCUGCAAAAGGGAGUUCUGAUAAUGUACAUUGGUGCAGCUGCUAGGGAAAACAGCUAGACAGUCCCUCAAAAAGUUAAACAUAGAAGUAUUAUAUGAGCCAGCAAUGCCAGCCCUAGGGAUGUACCCGUAAGACUUGAAAGCAGGGAUUCAAACAGAUACUUGUAUACCAAUGUUCACUGUAGCUCUAUGUACGAUAGCCGAAAGGUGGGAACCCAAGUGUCCAUCAAUGGAUGAACAAAAUGUGCCACGUGCACCCAGUGGAAUAUUACUCUGCCAUGAAGAGAAAUGAAGUCCUGAUACAUGCUGUCACGUGGAUAAACCUUGAAAGCAUUAUGCUGAGUGAAAUGAGUCAGACAUAAAAGGACCGUAUGAUUCCAUUUAUAUGAAAUAUCUAGAACAGACAAAUGCAUAGAGACAGAGAGUAGGUGAGGGGUUAUUGUGUUGGAUACUGAGCUUCUGUUUGGGGUGAUGAAAACUUUUACAAAUAGGUAAUGGCAAUGGUUGCAGAACAUUGCAAAUGUAAUUAAUACCACUAAAUCGUGCACUUAAAAAUGGUUAAAAUGACAAAUUUUACAUUAUAUACGUUUACCACAAUAAAUAACAAGCAUACAGAACAAACAAAAAGGGAGUCCAGGUGACAGGCCAGAAAGACAUGCUGAGCAGGCCCCCAGAGCAGGCUUCAGAGGUUUGAGGGGAUGUGGCAUGGGGCGGUGCCGUGAUGCUUCCUGCUGCCUUCUCUGCUGAGGAUCAGAACUGUACACGGGUUCGUUGUUGUUCGGUGCAAUAGAGCUGAUUCCAACUCAUAGAGACCCCAUGAGACAGAGUAGAACUGCCCCAUAGGGUUUUCUUGACAUAAUCUUUACACAAGCAAAUUGCCUGGUCUUUCUUCCGUGGAGCCACUGGGUAAGUUCAAACUGCCAACCUUUCAGUUAGCAACUGAGCACUUAUGUGUUCGUGCCAUAUGGGAUUUAGGACAAGGCAACGAUCUGACUUUCCUGUGUGCUGUUGGGCACACAAUUGUGUCAUACCCCCAUUUCCUCAGCUAUAUCUUACGUAAUUUAUUUCAUCCUUACACCAUCCCAGGAGGUCGCUACUUCCCCACUUCACAGAUGCAAAGUUGAGGCCAGGGACAUUGCAUAACUUGCCCAAGAUCUGCCUUGCUUCAAAGCUCAAGCUGUUUGUUGGCUAUAAAGUUGACCCCUACACUGGGCCUUUUUUUUUUUAGUUAUUUUUUUAUUGUACUUUAGAUUAAGGUUUACAGAACAAAUUAGUUUUUCAUUAAACAAUUAAUACACAUAUUGUUUUGUGACACUGGUUGCCAACCCCAUGACAUGUCAACACUCUCCCCUUCUCAACCUUGGGUUCCCCGUUACCAGCUUUCCUGUCCUCUCCUGCCUUCUCCCCCUUGCCUCUGGGCUGCUGUGCCCCUUUAGUCUUGUUUUGUUUUUAUGGGCCUGUCUAAUCUUUGCCUGAAGUGUGAACCUCAGGACUGAAUUCAGUACUGAGUUAAAAGGGUGUCCAGGGCCAUACUUUUGGGGUUUUUCCAGUCUCUGUCAGACUAGUGAGUGUGGUCUUUUUUUGUGAGUUAGAAUAUUGUUCUACAUUUUUCUCCAGCUCUGCCUGUGACCCUCUAUUGUGAUCCCUGUCAGAGCAGUCAGUGGUGGUAGCCGGGCACCAUCUAGUUGUGCUGGAUUCAAUCUGGUGGAGGCUGUGGUAGUUGUGGUCCAUUAGUCCUUUGGACUGAUCUUUCCCUUGUGUCUCAGGUUUUCUUCAUUCUCCUUUGCUCCAAAUGGGGUGGGUCCAGUGGAGUAUCUUAGAUGGCCACUCACAAGCUUUUAAGACCCCAGACGCUACUCACCAUAGUCGAAUGUAGAACAUUUUCUUUAUAAACUGUGUUAUUCCAGUUGAGCUAGAUGUUCCCUGAGACCAUGGUUCCCAGCCCUCAGCUCAGUAAUUCAGUCCCUCAGAGAGUUUGGAUGUGUCUAUGGAGCUUCCAUGAUAAAGUUGCCCCUUGACAGAUGUUCUAAUAUUUGUCGUAAGUCCCUACAUUAGAUUAUAACACAUUUCAUUGAUAAUAUCACUGUAAUAUGAUUUAAGUAUGAUGGUGUAUUCUUAUUAAACCACUGGUUUGGGUACUCAGGAUGUGCCCGGCCCUGUGCGAGGUGCUGUGAUUUCCAGCGGCGAUAUUACACCAGGGUUCCUGCCUUCAGGAAGCCUAUAGUAGAGGUGAGCGCCCGCCGGACAUCUCAGCAUCAGAACAAGGUGCCAUGUGAUUAGGUGCCAAGACAAAUGGCAGAUGCUCUAACAGCACCUGCUGGUGCCAUCAGCCUAUUGACCUAAAAUUUCCUCUCUCCUCAAUGACUCCCCGAUGGUAAAUUACACUCUAGCGGAAGCCGCGGGCAUUAUUUGGCUUCAUCAUUGUUCCAUUAGGGAUUAGCUUCCCCACACUCUCGUGUCCUAAAUAUUCUGUAACUGGAUCCUUCAGUACAUACAAUUCCGCAUAUAAGGAUUUUAUUAUUGUAUGUAAACUUUUUAAAGUAGCAUAUACACACACACAAAAAUGCGCGUAUCAAUAUAAGCAUAAACCAGUUACCCCUCUAGCUGAUUCCAACCCAUGAUGACCCCGUGUGUGCCAGAGUAGAACUGUGCUCCGUAGGGUUUUCAAUGACUGGUUUUUCCAAAGUAGAUUGCCAGGCCUUUCUUCUAAGGCACCUCUGGGUGGACACAAACCUCCAACCUUUUGGUUAGCAGUCGAGUGCUCUAACAUAUUGCACUACCCAGGGACUCCAGUAUGCAUAAGUGUGUUGCUGUGUGCCAUCGAGUCGAUUCCGACUCAAAGAGACCCUAUAGGACAAAGCAGAACUGCCUCAUAGGGUUUCCUAGGUUGUAAUUUUUAUGGGAGCAGGUCGCCAGGUCAUUCCUCCUUGGAGCCACUGGUGGGUUUGAACCACUGACCUUUCUGUUAACAGCUGAGCACUUAACCAUUGUGCCACCAGGGCCCCUUGUAUAAAUGUACAGCUCACCAAAUUUCCACGAAGCAAAUACACCAUGUGACCAGCAUCAGAUGAAGAAAUAGAGCGUGGCCAGCCUCGCAGAAGCCCCUCAUAUUCCUAGCCACUACUGCCCGCCUCUUGACUGCUAAGGGCACAGAUUAGUUUUGCUUGGUUUUGAAUUUUAAAUAAAUGGACUCAUACGGUGUAUAUGCUUUUGUGUCUGGUUUCUUUCAUGCAACAUCAUGUUUAUGAGCUUCAUCUGUGCUUCUGUAUGUAGUUCAUAAUUUGCUGAUUCUCAUUGUUCUGUAGCCUUCCAUGGUGGGACUAUACCACAAUUUACCUACCCAAUCUAUUACUGACGGGCAUGAGGUUGUUUCCAUUUUUAGGCUGUAGGAACCAUGUUGCUGUGAACAUUCUAGUUUGUGUCCUUUGGUGAACCAACCUACACACUGGUGUUAGAUGCAUAUGUACCAGUGGGAUUUCUGGGUCCUAAAGCUGCAGGCGUUCAGCUUCCGUAGAUACUGCAGUAUAUACACCAGCAGCAUCUAAGAGUUCUAGGUGCUCCACAACCUUGACGAAACUCCAUAUUGUUCCUCUUUUUUUCCGUAUUUUGCUAUUCUGGUGAGUGUGUGAGAAAGUGUCAUUCUGAUUUCAAUUUGCAUUUCCCUGCUGACUUUAUUUAUUUCUUUAUUUUUUAAUAUGUGUAUUGGCUAUUUGGAUAUCUUCUUUUGUGAAGUGCCUGCUCAAGUUGUUUAACCAUGUUUUCUAUUACACUGUCCACCUUUGUCUUAUUGAUUUGUAGAAGGCCUUUAUAUAUUCUGGAUACAAGUCUUUGUUGGAUAUAUGAAAUUCAGUUAUCAUCUUCCAGUCUGUGGCUUGCCUUUUCACUCCUUAAGGGUACCUUUUGAAGAAUAAAAGUUCCUGUUUUAAUGUCCAGUUAAUCUUUCUUGUUCGUUGUUUUUGGUUAGCACUUUUUGUGUUUAAUAAAGCUUUGCUUACUCAGAAGUCAUGAAGAUUUUCACCUACGUUUUCUUCCAAAAGCUGUGUUUCUUUACCUUUCAGCUAAUGUAACUGCCUUUUUAAAUUGGGGUGGUUUUUGACCCAGCGGAACCGGCCUCACUGUAGCACUAACCCAGUGAAAUCAUGUUUACUUUGGGCAGUGGUAACACGGUUCCGCAGGACCGUCAAUGACUGUAGACUCUCCCUGCUUCCAGUACCAUAUUUGUUUUCUGGAGAAUUGCAUGUAAAUUAUAGCCAAUGAAUUCAUCUACGCUGUAAAUACUGAGUCUGUGACUUUUCAGACAUUUCCACCCAAAAUUCAGGAGGUGUUCCUUAACUGACUGUACUCUGACUUGCUAAAUUAACUCUACCUGGUGGUUCGGUGGUAGAAUUCCCGCCUUCCAUGCAGGAGACCUUGGUUCGAAUCCCAGCUGGUGCACCUCUGUCUGUCAGUGGAGGCUUGGUGUUGCUAUGAUGCUGAAAAGGUUUCAGCACAGCGAGGCUUCGCUAGACUAACACAGACUAGGAAGAAAAGCCUGGUGACCUACUUCCAAAAAUCAGCCAAUGUAAACCCUAUGGAUCACAAUGGUCCAGUCUGCAACUGAUCAUGGGGUGGUGCAAGACCAGGCAGUGUUUUUGCACCACUGUCCAUGGGGCCGUCAUGAGUUGGGGCUGACCCGACAGCAGCUAAAAACAAUGUCAUCCAUUCCCCCUGACUGCUGCUCACAGCACGCACGACAGCUCAGCAGACAGUAUAGCAGCCUACGUUCUAGAACGCUGUGUACUUGUUUCCAUCAUUCUUGUUGUCUAUUCAUCAGCUCACUUGUGUUUGUUGUUCUUAUCGUUGUAAUUACAUAAUUUUGAUUAAAUAUUAUUGACACUAAUGAAAUAUGAGUGUGAAAAGCAAGUUUCUGUGAAAGCUAAGUUGAACAUUUUGGAAGGAGUCAAUAAAGAUGAGUUGCUAAUAAAAUUAUUAUUGAAUUAUGUGUAAGAGAGAAAAGAAUAAAAUCCUGGGGGGAGGGGAUGGAACAAUAAAGCUCUAAAAAGAUUCUGAAUUCAGACUGCUUCAUCAAUAUCUUUAAGGUUUUGCUCCACAAUAAAGAAACUGGAAAUCAUGUUGUUGUUAGUUUCUGUAUAGUCAAUUCCGACUCACGGUGACUCCAUAUGACAGAGUAGAACGGCCCCAUAGAGUUUUCUAGGCUGUAAUCUUUAUGGAGCAGAUUGCUAUGUCUUUCUCCCUCAAAGCCACUGGGUGGGUUCGAACCACCGACCUUUCUAUCCCAGGACUCAAAACGGCAACCAUACCUUACACACACUCAAUGACUCAGCAUACAUUCAGGAAGUACCUGGGCCUUGAAAGGGUUAAAGAAAAGACCUUGGCCUUACAUUACUGGCAAAUGAGUGUGUAUAUAUUUGUUUUCAGAUAAAUAGGGUUUAAGUUGGAAUGUAUGUUGUCAUUUAAAAUAUUUAAAGUAUAUCUUAGUUUUUCAUGAUUGUCUGCUUUAAUUGACUUUUUAUUAACCCAGCACUGUUCCACUCACCACAGAUAAGAGGGGCAGAGAGAACUGAGACCCUAUCCCUGGGAGCUAGCCUUAAGCUAGGAAGUUCUUGGAAAUACCGUUUUAUCUUAAAUACUAACAAUUUAAGUCCUUCAAAAUUUGCAUUCUACUGUGUAUUUAAAAAAAAUAAAAUAAAAUCAUGGUUUUCUUUUUGAAAAUCUUCCAAUAAAAUUAUGGCUUAGCUUAAUUCUUCUGAGAUAGGAGUUUGGUCAUUGAUUUAUUUAUUUUUAAUUUCAUUUAUUUUUUUAUUGUGCUUUAAGUGAAAGUUUACAAAUCAAGUCAGCCUCUCAUACAUAAAUUUAUACAGACCUUGCUGUGUACUCCUCGUGGCUCUCCCCCUAAUGAGACAGUCCACUCCUUCUCUCCACCCUGUAUUCCCGUGCCCAUUCAGCCAGCUCCUGUCAGGAGUCUGGUCGUUUGAAUCAUCUCCAUCUAUCUGAUGCGCAGGGCUGACUUUUGGAUCCAUCGUGCACUUUAAGGCUGCCGGCCUGUGUGCUGGAGCCCCGGACACUGGUGAUGCUGGGUGUUUGGGGCUCUGAGGCAGCCUUCUGUCUGUCCCCUGGGGCUCCCAUAUGUGGUGAGAAGGAGGAGGCGGCCUGUGGGUCUGGGAGUUAGCACUGCCUGUUUGGGAGCCAGCCUGUUGCCCUGCAUCUGGGGCGCAGAGGCUGCCCCUGAAGACCAGCUUGCCUUUCAGGCCAAGGACCCAUGGUGACCCACCUGGGGGGACAGGCUGUUGCUUCAGCCCCCCCCCCACCUGCUGUCUUUCAAGACCCUCCUUUUAGGUUAUCCAUUUGCCCCCUGGUGACAGGGUGGAGGCUAUUUCAUUUGUAAAUUGGGCUUAUUUAUUCACUUCUCCCCUUACCCU